AUCUGAGAGGCUUUGCCUCUGGAAAAUUCUGAAAGGUUUUGCCAAAGACUUUAGAGGAAGAAGAAACAAACAAUCGGGUUAGGAAAGGGAUGUGAAUUUUUUGCCACAGCCAGUAACAACUUGCAUUUACUCGAAUAAGGUAUGUUUUAGCGGCCUUUAUGACUCUAUUAGCUGCAGUGAACCAUCUGUUUAACAAUGAAAUACAUUUAACUGUGACUAACAUUUUUUUGGUCAAUUUCUGGUCCCUUUUUACGUACACAAUGUGAAAUGUUUUGAAAUUAUCACAAUUUUCACUGACUCAUAUGCGAAAGACGAGUAGACUUUUCCACAGUUCAAACUGUUCUUUCCUCCAGUGAAUGACCAUAUAGUUUGCAUUUUCAGUUGUUGAAAACACACUCUCUGAAGUCUUGUGUACUUGAGUUUUUCAUUGUACUUUAUAUUAAACUUAACUUUUAAAUUCGUAUACGUAAAAACCGUUGGUAAUCCUUACCCUCCUAACGAUAAAUUCAACUUUCUUCUAACUUAUCAUUUGAAAUGACGCAUUCUGGUAUCUUAUUAGUGAAACAUGGUGUGAUGGCCCAUAAUGGUUCAGUUUUGUCGACACUUUUUGAAUAAUAUCAUUCAGAUAUCAAAGGAGACAGAAGUAUUGUGACUAUACUGCGUGCAUUUUAUGUUUUAUCGAAAUAUAAUGACCGACCAAAAUUACUCUCAGUAGCCUCUAUCAGAUCAUACUCGGUGACUCAUGAGUACCUCGGUGAACGUUUCUGUUGCGACAGUAGGGCCAUUUAUACGAGGAAAAAUAAGACGCGUCUUACAUAAGACGCGUCUUAAAUAAGACGCGAACUGUACCAUUUAUACGAGCAUGUCUUGUCUAAUAAGACGAAAUGUGCCGUUUAUACGGAAAGUUCGCGUCUUAUUUGAGACGCGUCUUAUUUUUCCUCGUAUAAAUGGCCCUAGUAAGUUAGUGAGGCAGUAGGUUCAAAUAUCCUGCUACAACAGACAAACCUAUUUUAAAGCCGGAACCAGCAUCAAGCUGAUCAUGCCAGAAUUUAUUCCUCGUUUAUGCAUUUUAAGCUUUUAAGUUUUUCGUUCAUGUUGACAGAUGUAUUCUUAACCUUACUCGGCAACGACCACAGCGUGUGCUUAGAUAUUUCAUCAUUAAUGACAGUUAUCUAUAUUUUGGGACUUUUUAAAAUGUCAUUUGGGCUCUAGUUGCUCAAUAUUUCAAACAUUGAAACAACUAAUGUUAUCUGCCAAGCACCCUACGCAGUUAACCACGACAUGGGAAAAAAAAAGGAAAAGACAUUAAGGAGGUGAAUUGCUAUGAAUAAUGCAACUGCUGCUUCUUCUAAUUGUAGUGUCAUCGUUUUAUGAACUGUAUUGAAUUCUCAUUCUAUUCAAUAGUGAACUAUCGAUGUUUUUUUUUUGUUUAAAUGACAGACACACUCUGCACUCUAUUUUUUGAUUCAUCGUCAUUCAUCCAUUUGAACUUGCUGGAUGUUUUAAUAUUAAUUACUACUGUCAAUUAAAUUGUGUAUUUUUGUCAACUAGUGCAACGUAAUGUUGUUCAGAGAGCACGUAUACUUUCUUGCUGUCUUACCGCAACUUGACAACAAAUAAUCACCUAGUACCUAAAAAAAGUUACUAAGACGGGAACAAGGAAAUGGGGAAAAAGGAACGAGCACAGAGAAGGACAAAUAAAAAAUAAGAUGAAAAGUGAACAAAGCUAACUUGAAAUCUAGUGCUAUGAGUAAAUUCUUAUAUUAUGCUCUGUUUUGUUCCUAUUUGUGAUUUCCCGUUUCUAGAGUGACGUUCCCAUCAAAACUUACAACUGCCAAAUAAAUAUGUUCUUAUGGUUUAGAAAGAACUAUUUUCGAAACUGAGAAUCGAACUGAAUGAGUGCAUGCAACCUCGCGUUUCCUGUUUUUAUUUCUCCUAUUGUAUGGAAUAUGUGUGAAAAUCUUAAUUAUGAAUCGGUAUGUUUUAAAGAGCUACACAAAGACCAAGAAUACUAUUGACGGACAAUAUGCAGAGCGGGGGCAGCUGUAGUGUCAACUAUUACUAGUUAUAUCCCUUAGUAGUAUUAACCAAUUUAGUGAAUAGCACUUUUCGCGCAUUUUGAUUGGCUCUCGUUACUCGGAAUAUCCUUGGCUAUUCACUGUUUUUUGCGACCGGAGCCAAGAAGGCGCCUCGCAUUGAGACAUUUUGCAGAAGAAGAAAUUUGAGCUAUAAAUAAGGCAGUCGUACCAACAAAGACUUUUUGAAAUGCAAAGAUGUACGUUAAUAUUGUAAGUAGCAGGAGAUUUUGGUUUUUUUUAACUUCCCUUGUGGAUAUUUGCAGGAUUGACUUUUGCCGACCAGCUUUGAAAAGUCAUCAGAAUGUUAUUCAUAGUCCUAUGAAGAUUGAUACUGCUCCUUCAAUCUCAUCAUUCCAACUGAGCUAUCGGAGUUUGCCGCUCGCAAAUUUUCAAAGUAAAAGCAAUGUUGACCCUCUGUGUUGUAAACUUAGACCUCAAAUCUUGAAUAAUUAGAAAAACCAUACUUUCAAAUAAAAUUCAUUAGUUGCGUAUCAAAAAGUGCCCAGAAACGGAAUCUAAAAGUAAAAAUCCUAUAAAAUUCGCAGACAUUCACAGAAGUGAUGCAUGUAUUAAUGUGAGAAGCAUUAAAUUCAACUUGCAUGCGUUGUCUCAGGAUCGUGUUUUGAUCUAAUGUAAUCAAUCAAAGAAUACACAACAAUAGACAGAGAAAUUAUUUCUCAAAAAAUGUUUAUUUAAAGGCCCAUAAAUUAAUACUGAAAAGCAAUUCUUGUAACAAAAAUUUGGCUCGUGGAUCCGUUCAUGCACUGAGUAAAAUCGGCUGAGCACAUGGCAAAAAUUUUUCAACACAAAUCUCAAAUCAUGGCCCUCAAGCCGAUCUCAAAAUGUAUAAAACGUCUAAGAUAAAAUAUACACAAAUACGUAAUUUUCUCAACAAAAUGUACCUGAAAAUUCCUAAAAAACUUUGCUGCUUGAUGGCGUUUCAUAUCAGGCCAAGCGCUCUGAUCGGCCGUGAUGAAAAUUUCGUGUAUUUUGAAUUCCUCGAAGGACAAUUUUCAAGAAGAAAAGCCUUCCUUUGACAUCUUGAAGAAAACUAGGCAUUCGUUUAAAGCUUCUUUUCCCAUCUGUGUGUUUUAGCGGUGUAUUUUAACCCUGAAAUACGAACCACUGGUCUUGUUUACAAUCGCCGCCUCAUUGAACUCUCUCACUUUUGAGGAUUUUUGUCUCGGUCUCACAUUUUCGCUUGGACCACGUGACCCGACACGCUUUUUCCGCGCGGAAUAAUGAGGCCUAGGGACUAGGCAAAUAGGACACAAUGCUUUGUGUUUCCCGUGCGAUGUAAACAAAAGAAAAUUUUAAUUAAGCGCGCCUGAUGGCACCCUACUCUCACGCUAGCCUAUUAUUUCGCUCACUGCCUGUCCGUGUACUCACCUUUUUACCCAAAAUCCUGUGGAGGUUCACAAUUGCUCUUGCAUUAUUCAAAGGUGAAAAAAUAGCAGAAUAAAAAAGCUCUGAGAGGCUUUGCCUCUGGAAAAUUCUGAAAGGUUUUGCCAAAGACUUUAGAGGAAGAAGAAACAAACAAUCGGGUUAGGAAAGGGAUGUGAAUUUUUUGCCACAGCCAGUAACAACUUGCAUUUACUCGAAUAAGGUAUGUUUUAGCGGCCUUUAUGACUCUAUCAGCUGCAGUGAACCAUCUGUUUAACAAUGAAAUACAUUUAACUGUGACUAACAUUUUUUUGGUCAAUUUCUGGUCCCUUUUUUACGUACACAAUGUGAAAUGUUUUGAAAUUAUCACAAUUUUCACUGACUCAUAUGCGAAAGACGAGUAGGCUUUUCCACAGUUCAAACUGUUCUUUCCUCCAGUGAAUGACCAUAUAGUUUGCAUUUUCAGUUGUUGAAAACACACUCUCUGAAGUCUUGUGUACUUGAGUUUUUCAUUGUACUUUAUAUUAAACUUAACUUUUAAAUGCGUAUACGUAAAAACCGUUGGUAAUCCUUACCCUCCUGACGAUAAAUUCAACUUUCUUCUAACUUAUAAUUUGAAAUGACGCAUUCUGGUAUCUUAUUAGUGAAACAUGGUGUGAUGGCCCAUAAUGGUCCAGUUUUGUCGACACUUUUUGAAUAAUAUCAUUCAGAUAUCAAAGGAGACAGAAGUAUUGUGACUAUACUGCGUGCAUUUUAUGUUUUAUCGAAAUAAAAUGACCGACCAAAAUUACUCUCAGUAGCCUCUAUCAGAUCAUAUUCGGUGACUCAUGAGUACCUCGGUGAACGUUUCUGUUGCGACAGUAGGGCCAUUUAUACGAGGAAAAAUAAGACGCGUCUUAAAUAAGACGCGAACUGUACCAUUUAUACGAGCAUGUCUUGUCUAAUAAGACGAAAUGUGCCGUUUAUACGGAAAGUUCGCGUCUUAUUUAAGACGCGUCUUAUGUAAGACGCGUCUUAUUUUUCCUCGUAUAAAUGGCCCUAGUAAGUUAGUGAGGCAGUAGGUUCAAAUAUCCUGCUACAACAGACAAACCUAUUUUAAAGCCGGAACCAGCAUCAAGCUGAUCAUGCCAGAAUUUAUUCCUCGUUUAUGCAUUUGAAGCUUUUAAGUUUUUGGUUCAUGUUGACAGAUGUAUUCUUAACCUUACUCGGCAACGACCACAGCGUGUGCUUAGAUAUUUCAUCAUUAAUGACAGUUAUCUAUAUUUUGGGACUUUUUAAAAUGUCAUUUGGGCUCUAGUUGCUCAAUAUUUCAAACAUUGAAACAACUAAUGUUAUCUGUUAACCACCCUACGCAGUUAACCACGACAUGGGUAAAAAAAAAGAAAAGACAUUAAGGAGGUGAAUUGCUAUGAAUAAUGCAACUGAUGCUUCUUCUAAUUGUAGUGUCAUCGUUUUAUGAACUGUAUUGAAUUCUCAUUCUAUUCAAUAGUGAACUAUCGAUGUUUUUUUUUUUGUUUAAAUGACAGACACACUGUACACUCUAUUUUUUGAUUCAUCGUCAUUCAUCCAUUUGAACUUGCUGGAUGUUUUAAUAUUAAUUACUACUGUCAAUUAAAUUAUGUAUUUUUGUCAACUAGUGCAACGUAAUGUUGUUCAGAGAGCACGUAUACUUUCUUGCUGUCUUACCGCAACUUGACAACAAAUAAUCACCUAGUACCUAAAAAAAGUUACUAAGACGAGCACAAGGAAAUGGGGAAAAAGGAACGAGCACAGAGAAGGACAAAUGAAAAAUAAGAUGAAAAGUGAACAAAGCUAACUUGAAAUCUAGUGCUAUGAGUAAAUUCUUAUAUUAUGCUCUGUUUUGUUCCUAUUUGUGAUUUCCCGUUUCUAGAGUGACGUUCCCAUCAAAACUUACAACUGCCAAAUAAAUAUGUUCUUAUGGUUUAGAAAAAACUAUUUUCGAAACUGAGAAUCGAACUGAAUGAGUGCAUGCAACCUCGCGUUUCCUGUUUUUAUUUCUCCUAUUGUAUGGAAUAUGUGUGAAAAUCUUAAUUAUGAAUCGGUAUGUUUUAAAGAGCUACACAAAGACCAAGAAUACUAUUGACGGACAAUAUGUAGAGCGGGGGCAGCUGUAGUGUCAACUAUUACUAGUUAUAUCCCUUAUUAGUAUUAACCAAUUUAGUGAAUAGCACUUUUCGCGCAUUUUGAUUGGCUUCCGUUACUCGGAAUAUCCUUGGCUAUUCACUGUUUUUUGCGACCGGAGCCAAGAAGGCGCCUCGCAUUGAGACAUUUUGCGGACGAAGAAAUUUGAGCUAUAAAUGAUUCAGUCGUACCAACAAAUACCCAGAAAGCGACUUGCUGUAGCUUGUCGGUGUUUACUUGUAGGUAGAAAAAUAUUUUCAUGCUGUAUUUGCAACAAAAUCGUAAAAAUGCACUAGACAAAAUUCCAGAAAUGUUUGUACGUUUUUUCUUUUACAAAAAGUGUCUUUUUUCAUCUAAUGUCCAACUGAUUUGGUAAAUACUAAAACAACUAUCCUCGUCAGGGUCGGAAUUUUCCGAUUUCCCUUUGUAACUCAUUUUAUGUCAGUUUCUUUGCGUAAAUCGCGCUCGAGAUUCGACUUUUUAGUUUGAAAUGCAAUAAUUCCGCUAAUGCGAGACAUAUGCAAAUUUCCUCACACCUUUUUUAAAGGGAACUUGCACUCUUACUACAGAAUAAGUUUAAAUCGAAUAAAAUUAUGUUGAUAAACAAAUUUGUUCGAAAUUUGUCUUAAAAAAAGUGUUUAUAUCAGGAAAAGUGAAUUUUAGAAUCGCUUAUUUUCACUUUCAAAUUUCGCGGGCGCCGCCAUCUUGAAUAAUUGUGACGUGUUACGGUUGCUCUAUUGUUCUGACACAAAGAGCUUUUGUUUAAUAACAAUAGGGCAACCAUUACACGUCACAAUUAUUCAAGAUGGCGACGCCCGCAAAAUUUGAAAACAAAAAUAGGCGAAUCUAAAAGUUAUUUCUUCCGGAUACAAACGCUUUCUUUAAAAAUAUUUUAGAUUGACUUGACUGUAACAGUUAUUUCCUGUGAUUUAAAGUUAUUUUUUUGUUGAAGUGGAGGUUCCCUUUAAAGGUCUUUUAUCUGUCAAUCAGAUGGAAUAAAAAGGAAGUGAAUAUUUAACAACGCGAAAGGGCUGGAGCUUCAGCAGUAAACUCGAUACCUCUGAGUUCGAGAGCAAAUCGUCGGUCUCAAUCGUCGAAAGGUUUUAGCCCAGACAAACCUCUUGUUACCGAUACCUCUAUAUUUAUCAACAAUUAACCUCAUCCCGAAGGUGAAAAACUUCAUACCAUCGAUCACCUUCUACUUAUGACGUCUAUCUAUCACAUAGUUAAUUUUCUUUUAAUUUUAAACCGUGACUUUAAUGGUGAAUCGUCAAAACUAAAAAUUUGGUGUCAGAGCGCAUUAGAUAUUUACAUGUAAGGAGGUCUGUAUCGGGUUUACUGAAAACUCGCCUAAAAUUUAACUGACUCCUGGCAUUUGCCUAGGUUUUACUUUUAGGCCCGCGAAGGAUUUUUUAAUGGCAAAACACGUGAACCCUAUGGGAUGAACAGAGGAGAUGAAAUUUAAUCAACUGACAUAAAUUUUUAUGUAAUUUUUUUAUACAAGUUUUUGUUUAUUGUAUUCCUCCACCAAUCACAUUUUAUUUUUUUAGUUGUGUAUUAUUUUAUAUACUGUUUAUUCUAUUCUCUCUUAGCUUACCCAGCCCCUGAUGAAGACUAGUUUUGUCUAGUCGAAAUAUUGGGCAAAUAAAUUUGUAAACUUUAGCCGUCAGAUCAGCCUUGCCUUCAAUUUUAAGUUUUACUGUCAAGUGACAAAGAACCUGAUUGUCUUUAAUUUUCUACAAAACUCUACUUUAAGGUCUUAAAAUAGCAUUGUUCCACUCUUUUCGCCAGGCAAUUGUAAUAACACAGCGAACCAAACGUUCAAGCGGUUACUGAACAGACACUUUAAUAUCUAUCAAGUGCCCCCGAAGGUACAAACGAAACUGAAUAUAUAAUGAGUCUAGUAGCACGUGCAAAUGAAAUUCAACACAGGGCGUGAAAAUUACAAUAUUAUAACACCUUCCCUUUUAUAGAGAAACGAGAAAACAACUUAACAACUUAACGAGAAAAAAAAAAACGUGAAACCAAAACAAACGACUAAGCACAUAUUAACGAAAUUCAGUUCUUUGGAAAGAGUUCUUAGGCUGAAGUAAGCACCUAGUCCUGUAGACGCUUGGGCGGCUGACGGACGCGUGGACCUUCUCGGUGCCUGUAAAGGAUUGGGCGACUUAGGUGCGUCCGGCACCGUAGACAACGGAUCGCGCGGCUGGUCGAAUGUUUCCACGCGUGUAUCUGGAGGUGCCUGUUCGCGUGUAUCUUCUCAUGUCUCUGUGAAUGACUGCUCGCGGGCCUCUAUGACGUCGUCAUCUUCAACUUUGAUAGGCGCUUCAUUGGACUUGCGUAGCUCAACACGAUUUCGUCGAAGGAGUCCUUGAGGCAGCUCAACCUCGUAAGAUCUUUUGUCAAUGCGACUCUUUACGACACCCUUUUGCCACUCUUUUCUUCCCGCGUGCCAGGGCUCAACUCGCACGGUAUCUCCGGGUUCUAAGAGCGGGGGGUCUCGUGCGCCUCUGUUGUAGUACUUGGCUUGUUGCUGUUGGCGGCGAUGAAGCUUGGUGUGUGUCACGUCCUCGUCUGAAACAGAUGGCUUUAAUAUUGCAGCAGUCAUCGGGAGAAGACCUCUUGUCCUUCUGCUAAAUAGCCGCUGUGUUAGGCUGAUUUGCAUACUGGAAGGCGGUGUGUUUCUGUGGUCCAGUAAAGCAAGAAACGCGUCUGAACCAGUCUUGCUGCACUUUAACGGCGCUCUCAGCCUUUCCAUUCGACUGACUAUGAUGCGGACUGCGGGUUCUGUGCUCAAAAUCCCACUCUUUAGAGAAUUUCAGGAAAUCGCGCGAGACGAACUGUGGCCCGUUAUCAGUAACGAGUUGCUCGGGAAUGCCAUGUCUCGCGAAAUGACCUUUAAGCUUCUUGAUGACGUAGACAGAGGAUGUACUUCUCAGAUGGUCGAGCUCGAAGAAAUCACUAAAAUAGUCCACAGUCACAAGGUCACUUUUUCCAUUUAACUCAAAUAGGUCUGCUGCAACGAACUGCCACGGCCGACUAGGUGCUUCGUGGCUGGUGAGUGUUUCCUUCCUUUGACCCUGUUCGUACUCUCUGCAGACUCCACACAUGUUGACACAUAGUUCCUGAUCUCUCCUGACAUCCCAGGCCAAUAAAGACACUCACGCGCUCUGUUAAGGCAGCCAUUAACUCCAAGGUGCGAAUUGUGAAUACUUUUUAGGAGACCACUCCUAGCAGCCUUGGGUACCACUACCCCUUUCUCCCUUAAAAAUCAGACCAUCCUGAACGCAAAGCUCAUCCCUCAUAUCGAAGUAAGGAGAGGCUAGAAGCGGCAGGGUACUCUUAUUUUCAGGCCAGCCAUGCUGAAUCACUGCCUUUAGAACUUGAAGCGAUUCAUCCUGCUCUGUCUCCCGCUGAAUUUGCAGUAGCCUGGCUUCAGAUAUUGGCAAGUAUUUCAUCAUGUUGAUUGUCUCAAACUCUGACUCAAUCUGCGCACCCGAGGGAAGAUAAGCUCUUGAGAGAGUGUCCGCUAAGAACGUUCUGCUUCCCCUCGCGUACUGUACCACCAAAUCGUACUUUUGCAAGCGGAUCAACAUUCCUUGCAACCUCUUAGGAGCGCGAUGAAGUGGUUUCGUGAAAAUUGACUCAAGUGGCUUAUGAUCAGUAUGGACAACAGUUCUUCUACCGAAGGUAAAGUCAUCAAACUUCUCUACUGAAAACACGAUUGCCAACAUCUCCUUUUCAAUCUGCGCAUAGCAAGAUUCCGUCUCUGUCAAGGCUCUACUAGCAUACGCGAUUGGGUGACCAUUCUGCAUUAAAGCGGCACCUAAACCACUCUGGCUGCUAUCACACUGGAUCUCAAGCACUUCAGUGGGUUUGUAGUAGGCUAGAACGGGUGCUGAUGCAAUCAAAGUCUUGACAUCAUUCCAAGCCUUCUCUUGAAAAUCAUCCCAACACCAUGCUGCAUCUUUAUGGGUAAGAUCUCGUAGAGGCUUCAUCACAUCAGUUAAGUGGGGUAGAAAACGGCUAAGAUAAUUGACCAUUCCAUUCAGGCGUAAAAUAUCAUCUCGGUCCUUUGGGCGUGGCAUCUCGACGACUGCUCUAACUUUCUCUGGAUCUGGCUUUAGACCCUCCGUGGUUAGCAGGUGCCCAUGAAAUGGAACCUCUUUACACUUGUACUCUAACUUCUCUGCUUUGAGCUUGAUACCUUUCUGCUGACAUCUGCGCAUGAAUCCAUCUAGAUUACUGCCAUGAUCAGCCUCGCACGUGCCAUGGAUGAGAAUCAUCUGCAAUACACUUUACACCCGGGAGACCUUGUAACUCUUGAUGGAGACGUUUCUGAAAAAUUUCACUCGAAACACUGAGACCAAACGGCAAAAGGAGCCAACGAUAUCGCCCACACGGCGUAGCAACUGUCGUGAGCAUACUAAACUCGCGAUAUAACUCCAGAUGCCAAAAAGCAGAGGCUAAAUCAACCUUUGUAAACACACGCGCAUCUGUCAAGUCGGGCAACAAAUCAUCAAUGACGGGAAUUUGAUAACGUUCCCUCUUCAAGACGGUAUUAAGUGGUCGCGGGUCAAUACAAACACGCAGUUCGCUGGACUUCUUUACAGCUACAACAAUCUGACUAACCCACUCGGUCGGUUCGUCAACAGGAUUGAUUACUUUAAGACGUUCCAACCUUUGGAGCUCUUCUUUGAACUUCUCCCGAACAGACACAGGGACUUUUCUUGCUGGAAGGACAACAGGUUUGCAAUCUGGGUCAACUUGCAGGCGAACUUUUCCGAGACCUUUGUUAAAGACAUCGCGUAAUUACCUGUGAGAUCAUCAUUUGCAUUCUCCACGACAUUAACUGUAUUCAGACUGGGGGGGGGGGCUUUUCGAAUCCCCCCUCCGGCAAAAUCGUGAUAACUCCUAUACCGAAUUGAAAGAGCUAUGACGUUCAAAUUUUCUGACUUUUCCCAAAAUUUAUCUAGGAACAUUUUGGUAUAAUUACCAUGUCCAUCAUGCCAUGUUUUUUUUGGAAAGUUUAAAAAAUGGUGAUUUUUUUUGUUUUAAGAUCGCGUUUUUACACUUAUAGUUGUUAAAAUGGUCUUUGCUUGGGACUAGUUUUUGAAUUACAUCAAAAUGUUUCAACAUCGAAUAUUUGGGGGGGAGGGGGGGGGGUAAAAUUUGUCACUUUUUUGCUUUGACAAAUAUGCUGCUCUAUUUUCCAAAUAACACUUUUAAAGUCAUUUGUUUGGGUAAUAAACAUUAGUUUGAUACUUCUUUUAUACAUUCUGAGAUUUUUCCCCUUUGAAAGUUGCCUUAAAUUAUAAUUUUAACAAAAAAACGGAAAUCCAAGAUGGCGGAUCCAAGAUGGCGGACAACCAUUUCAAAAUUUAAAUUUUAUUGCUUCCUAUUGCUUGUUCUCGCUGUACAAGUGUUUCCUUGUUACUAGUUCAUAAGAAAGGAUAACAAAGAGAUGACUUUACCAAUAUUAUUGAUAUUUGACGUAUCUAAGUGGAAAAAUAAUAAGAAACAUUGAAAAAUAGAAAUAUGACGUCACUGUGACGUCAUCAUUGGGCGUGGCAAGUCAAAACUGGGUGUGGGGCUUCUUUGUACGGAGAUGAUCAUUGUGUGUAAAUUUCAUGACCCUAGCAUUAUUGGUUCCAGAGAUACAGAGGGGGGUCCGAGGAGCCCCCAGUCACAGAUUGACCAAAAAAGCCCAGUCUGAAUAGGGUUAAUGAAGUUUUCCUUGUGUACAGUUAACAGCUUCAUUUUUUUGCGUUGCAUUUAAGCCAAGCAGAGGGGUCAAAUCCUCUUUCACGACUAGAAACCGGACCUUGUACUUCUCAUUAGUUUUCGGAUUCACAACAGGCAACGCACCGGAACGGACAGGCGUCACUUUUGUUUCAUUCCACAUGACAAGCGUUUGCGAACACGAGUCGAGUUCCUCGCCCUCAGCAUACUUCAGAGGUAAAAUAUUUUUUUGCACUUGCACCACAAUCAACUUGAAAUUGCACUGGUUGCUGCCUAACCAGCAUUCUCGCAUACACAGCUCUCCCUCUCAAAGCCUGUACUCUUACAACGCUGAUCUCCUCUAACUCCUCUUCGCUCUCAAUAUUAUGAACAGGAACUUUCUUACACUUCUUGGCAAAAUGAUUCUUUUACUUGCAUCGCUUACACUUCUUUCCCCAUGCAGGGCACAUCUUCCUAUCAGGUUGACGGUCAUAGCCACAAAAUUUGCAUGAAAUUUUCUUUGCCGACCGCCCGUCCACCGGCGUUGGAGCUCGAGGCUUUUAGAACUUGACUUUACUUGAUUAAUGUUAUCCACCGGCCCAGAUAACAACUUCAUUUGCAACUCAGCAACUUCCUCGCUGCGACAUACGUCGAUGCAACGAUUCAGAGUAAGAUUUCUCAUUCUCAGCAACUUCUUGGUCGUCUGCUCGUUUUUAAUUCCAAGCACAAUACGAUCACGGAUUAAACUAUCCCGCAAACAAUCGCAAAAUGUUUUGGCCAGAUUCCUCAACUCGGCAACAAAACUAUCAACCGACUCCGUUGGAAGCUUGUCUCGCAUAUUAAAACAGUAUCGUUCGUAAAUUUCGUUGACUUCGCCGAUGCAAUGCUUCUCCAUUUUUCCCAUUACCACGCACCAAUCAUUCGAGUUCUCCCCCUCGGCGUAGUUGAAUGUUUUGAUGACUUUCAACGCAUCAUCUCCGAUUGUAUGUUUGAACAUCGCCAACUGAAACUCCGGGGUUUCCCGAUCCAAACGAGGAAUGGCAAAAUAAUUGUUAUAUUUCUCCUUCCAAAGCUUCCAGUUUUCGGCAAUUUCUCCACUAUGUUUCAAGUCAAGGUACUUCGGCGGAGUAAUCUGAUGAAAAGUCGACGAUGGCGGCGCUACCGCACCAGACUGUCCAUUGGAGGUAUCACCACCGGGCAUGCUGUAUAACGUAGACGGUUAAAAAAAAAAGACAAAAAAACGAAGCAGAAGCGGCCACCGCUGCCACCAUGCGUGUAAUAACACAGCGAACCACACGUUCAAGCGGUUACUGAACAGACAUUUUAAUAUCUAUCAAGUGCCCCUGAAGGUACAAACGAAACUGAAUAUAUAAUGAGUCUAGCAGCACGUGCAAAUGAAGUUCAACUCAGGGCGUGAAAAUUACAACAGUAUAACAGCAAUGUGAUCAAAUGUGCCUUUAUAGUGGAGCUCCAUGCACGUGUGGGCGGAGCCCCAUAGCUAAGUAAAUCUACCCAUCCCGGAAAAUUUGGUAAUCACGUGACCUUAACCGACCGCCCGAAUGCACCAUAGGGAAACCAAUGUUUAAUCUCACAGUUUCUAACUAGUUUUGGAACCCAGGUGCAACCUGAUGUUGUACAUCCAUGUUGUGAUCAAUUGACAGCUGUCAAAACAGGGCAUCCGCUGACCAGUAUCACCUGACCGUGGACUCCGGUGUCGACCCAUCGAGGUCGAGUAUUUUAUUAAAGUUAUCCGCUGACAAGUGACUAGUUUUCAAAUAAUUACAGGCUUAAGUCUUUUUUUGGAAAAAAACCAUAUGAAAUAUGUUGUGUUUAUGUCACUAUGGCUCCGUACUAUUAAGAGGCUGAUUUCAAACUGACCUCGGACGAGAAAAUUCAGCCAGUAAUUUAAAAAUACAGGCAGGGAGAAGACCUUUUCUUACCAUGGUGACGCGUUGGUCACGCUCUACGUCCAAUUUUUAUGCUCUGAUUAGUCAAAAUUUGACAGGUGAGUUUAUGCGGAUAACUUAUACAGCAUCUUGAGAAUUGAUGCGUCAGAGGGUUCAAAAGUCUCAAGCGAUUCUAGCUUUAGUUGAUAGCUUUCAGGUGCUGCAUCUCGACUGGUAAGCCUGAGUAAUUAUUGUAUUUGUGUUUGUUUUAUUUAUGUAUCUAAUUUCAUGAAGUCGGGCGCAGUUUAUGUGGCAAGUUUAUGCACGUUUGUUAGAAUUGAGACAAUGAUUUGACCGAGUAUCAGGUUUGAUAUGAGCUUACAGAACUUUAUAAAGCCUUUAAAUAUAUUUUCUCACCGUAAAUAAAGGAAAACGUUCCAAAGAGUAUUUAGUUAUAAAUUUGGCUGUAGAAAGAAAGCUUUUAGCGAUUUUCUUGCCUCGAGUUUAUCUUUGAAAAAUGCAAACACCGGGAAGCCGGCUGAACUGAAACAUAAACUUAAGCUUUAAGCUUCAAGACUCAGGAUUUUUUGACACUUUGAAAUACUUGUCUUCGUGAAUGAAAUUUGUUGUCUCUGUAAAGAUCUGCAAACAUUUCACGAAUUAUAUUUCUUUUAUUGAUUGUUAGUAGUCUCUCUUGCAAUUUUAAUCGCCGUUCCGUUUGUUUUCAGUCGUUCAUGAACAUCGCUUGCAGGAGUACUCAAAAUGCGCGCGUAUCAAACGCUUUUACGAUUACACAUCGUUAUAAAACCACUAAAUGAAAAACAAGCAUAAUAAGUUCUUUAUAAUGUUGAAGCGUAACUCUAUUAAUGUUCAUUCAAACACUGUAACACAGAUCGCACUGCAAAUUUGGCGCUUGUCAAAAGUGAGAACCGCCUGGCCGCAUACUGACCUAUACUGGUCUAUACUGGGUGAUUUUGGACAUUUUUGAACGGUUUCGCUUAAAGCCCACAAUUGAUCGUCCUGAAAAAUUGUGAAAUACUGCAUUCUGUCCGAGGUUUGUAUGAUACAUACAGCGCCUGUAUAGUACUGUUUCACCUCAGAUGUGAUGUGUAAAACGUAUAAAAGGUUGGUUUACACGCCCCCAGAUUUGUUGGCAAGAUUUUGUAAAGUAAACUUGUCGAACGCAGAAAAUUCGACCUGAUUUGUUUUCCAAGAAUUUGUUUUCCAGGCCUAAUCUACUGUGAUCAAGAGCCAUUAUGGCUCUUGAAUGUGAUUGAAGAUGAUUGCUAUUUUUUGGGUGUACACUAGUGAUAUAAGGCCAUCAACUCGAUGCAAGAUGUUUCACUCUAAAAUCACUUAGCUUUUCCCUCAAAAGUCACUUGAAUGUGCCCUUAAGUUAACUGAUUUGUGGACUAUAAGUGUUUUGUUUGAUUUAAAAAAUAAAUUUAUUAACAAGAGCUUCGCUUUUAGCCCUGGCUAAAUCUAUAUAUUAUGGACAAUCUUAGUAGCAGGACGCUUAAGUGUCAUAUAUAUUCGUUAAUGAUUACUUUAAAACCCAUGUAUGUCAUGUAUCAUCGGUUGUAAACGACCUAUGAUCUCAAGUUCAAACUCCUUUGAGAACGCGGCAGCAUACAAGAUGGCUGCUAAUAAGGGCGUUAUAAAAGCAAUUGCAAGUUUAAACGAGAUAAUUCAGAUACGGUCUUAAUUUGUCUUUCUUACAUACGCUUUACUGAGCAUCCCCAAAGAGGGCUUUUCAGCGAUCAUUUUCUUACGAUCUAUGUCCCAAUAUUCUGAGGGUAUAAAUUUUGAUUGUCUUUAUAAUUGUUAGAAAUUUUCUAUUCUGGCCAGCAAAAACGUUUGUAUGGAGGAGAGUAAAUCAGACUUGAGAAAUGGAGGGCUCCACAUGUUUAAUUUACAUAUGCCUUUUUAGCUAGAAUUCUUAUCAAAAAUAAACAAACACUACACUAUCUAAAGCGGCAAAACAAAACUGCAUUGACUAAAAAAACACUACUAGACGAAAAGAAAAAAAAAAGAAGAAAAACAAAAAAAAAAAAAGAAAAGAAGAGACAAAGAAAAAGAGGCGCAUCCGACCGGAAACGAACUCACAGUCUCCUACGCGACGGGCCAUAUCGUUACUGAUGCGCCAGGUGACAUACUGUGAUUGAGAUGAUAUAUCUCUUAUUAGCCGAGUUUUCGGUCCGUACUGUAAAUUACGGACCGAGUUUAUGGCCCACGCGCAAAGCGUGUGGGACAUAAAUCGAUGGAAAAAAACGAGGAUCCGUAAUUUACAGUACGGACCAAAAAAACGAGGCUAAUAAGAUGUUUAUUAUAUGGCUUCUUUCAGUUUCGGGGACCGGAGACAAGUGCAGGACGCGCGAUUUGACAAUCAUUUGACAGGCGUCAAGAAAGAAAGUUUUUAUUGGCUCACGAAAACAAUAACACAACAAAGGGUUUCCGGGAAAGUGAAAACAAAUUCGCCGAGUUGAAAAAGUUUAUUUGAUCAAAACUAAGAGCGCUGUAAGUUUCAGCUCUUUAAUGUAACACUGGAUUAGUUUGGAAACCGGGCACUGUGUCUUCCUCGAAGUCGUUUCCGUCUUUCCUCCGUUCGUCCUUUUAAAAAAACACUGCAAAAGGCAAAGAAGCUUUUCAAGGUAAGUUUGUUGUCAUUGUGGAAGGAUUCGCUCGUUAAUUUUUUUGGGCAAAACCUCUCGAAUUUCUGCCAGGUCAUUCUCGUCUUCAAACGUGAUCUGCGUUAAAAUUUUCAAACACAGACUAUAUUUUCUUCCACGGAAAGAUUACAACUCAUUUUCUACAUCAGCUUCGUUCUUGUUCAAACAAACUUAGGUUAAAAACUGGAAAGGCUAAGUCAAUAUCCCAGUCCUCAGGGUUUACAGACAUAUUUUUAAGUACAUUCGGUCAAAACUAAGAGCACUGUGAGUUUUCACUCGCCAUUGUGACGCUGGAGUCUUUUGAAAACUGGACAUUGUGUCUGGCUCGGAGUCGCUUCUAUCUUUCUUUCGUUGGUCUUUGGAAAAACACUGCAAAUGACAAAGAAGCUCGUCAAGAUGAUUGGGUGCAGGCAUGUUUGUUAUCAUAUUUGUCGAAGGAAUUACUCAUUUUCUUUGAGGCAAAACAUCUCGAAUCUCUGCCAGUCGAUUUUCGUCUUCUUAACUGUGUACUACGAUAAAAUUUUCAAACACUGACUAGAAUCCUCUUCGAUAAGAUUACGAGUUAGUUUCUUCAUCGCCUUCGUUCACAAAUAAACACAGUUUAAAAUGUUGAACGACAAAGUCAAAAUCUAAGUCCUCAAGGUUGAUAGACGUCUUGUAACCUUUUCUCCGAGGUAAAAAAGGUUUAGAGCUCCGAAAUGAGCAUUUUCUUUGAAAUUUUGGUCCGUAUAGCAAGUUACGGACCGCAAAUUGACCAAUCGCAUGGCGAAAACAGACUCAGCCAUAUAAUAACCAGCCUUAUUUUCCCUAGAUCUUCAGUCAGCACAUUCUGUUUAAGCUGAUCAAGCCCCAUUGCAUUUCAUCGCAUUUAAAGAACAGAUGCCCAACAAAGCUGAUACUGUAUAAACUCAAAUGCGAGCAAAAUAUGUGUUUUGUUACAUCGAUUGAUUUUCGCUCAUAUCUUAAGGCUAAUGAUCCAACUCUCUUCCAUUUUCUCUUAAAAGUACUUUUACCUUUGAAAUUCAUCGUGAAAAGCACUUAAAGCACUUAUCGACUCCCAAAACGGAUGCUAAAAAAACCAACCCGAUUGGAAUAUGGCCAAAGUAAGACGACACUCUUCGCAAAGCAAGCGGUUACCUGGAAACCAACAAUGCGGUGACGUCAAGGCGGAUACCGAAUAAGAAUAGGAAGAAACAAAACUAGAUCUUUCUCAUACUCAAGAGGUGUACGCCAAGGAUGUAUUUUAAGCCCCCUCUUAUUUAACCUCUAUAUAAAAAAUACGCCAUAUUUAUUCGGAAACACACUAACAUUUCAGACUUUAGGUAUGUCUGUGGACACGACUUUGACGUGUUCAGCAUUAAACGGCCAACAAUAUUUGCGCAUAGACCGGUUCGCACGGUAAAAAAAUUGAUUUCUGUUCUAGUACUUGUACUUGUAUUUACAUUUGCGUCCUUGCAGAAAUCUGGUUUGAUUAAUAAUAAUAAUAAUAAUAAUAAUAAUAAUGAUAAUGACAAUAUAAUAACAAUAACAAUAAUAAUAAUAAUCUUUAUACAGGGAGUGCACUUCACAAAGAGUGAUAUUCAUUGUGGACCUGUAAAACAAUAAAAAUAAAUGAUCUUAGAUAAAUGAAUACGUAAUAGUAAUGAUUAGUAAAACUAAUGUAAUCUACACGUUAAAAACGUUAAAAUGUCAGAUAGAUUAAAAUAUUAAAAGCUAUAAAAUUUCUAAAAUAUAUAGCUUUUAAUACUUUGUUUGAAAAGAUGAAGAGAGUUAAUUUCUUUAAAAGAUGCGUCUAAAAAGUUCCAUUCCUUAGCUCAUUGAUAAAAAAGUCUCCGCUUUCCGUAAUUCCUUUUAACCAGAGGAAGACGGAAAUCGUUCCUUCUUCUAGUGUUAUAACUAUGGAUGUUGGAGUUUCUGAAAAUAUUUAAAUUGUGAUCCAGGCCAAGAGUCCGUGGAUGUACUUAAAGGUGGUAAUGUAUCAAUGUACAAGGCGCUCUUGAGAUAGGGUAGGCCAUCCGAGUGUUUUGAGAGCGACUGUAGAUGAAGCAUAGUUGGGCCUAUCAAGGAUACCUUUGGCAGCCUUAUUUUGUAAGACCUGUAAAUCAUGCAUUAAAAUGUGUAUUAUUGUCUCUGUCUCCCCAGAUAGUAUCAGCAAAGUCGAAGUGAGGUCUUAUUAAAGCAUUGUGCCAUUCGGCGCCAUCCAAAGGCAAUAGGCCCUUUGCGUGACAUUAUCACGUGAUCUACUUUCGGUAAACUCGAAAACUGUUCAAUUUGUUUUAGCACAAGCGGGGGAGCAUAUUAAAAUUAGGUAACCUGAGAUUUUUCAGGCGUAGAUCUCAAAAGUAGUGAUUGCAACGGCCGCCGAAGGUUAGAAGCGUUGGUAUACUUAACGAAUGUUCCGGGGCAGUCAAAAGUCACGUGAAACUACACGUGAAAUCUGACGCUCAGAAGGUGAAUUGGCCUUGAAGUGAAUUACUGUGUCGUCUGCAUACAUUACUACCUGGCAGUACUCUUAACAGUUGGGAAGGUCGCUAACGUGUAUAUUAGAAUAAAAGGAGGCCCAAGGACGCCUCCUUGAGGUAAUGGUCCAAUAAGAACCUUUUGUUGAGGCGACUGGCAGUUUUCAACACAUGUAACUUGAUACCGACUUUCAAGGUAUGAGGCAAAUCACUUUACAACUUGAGAGCUAGCUACCGUGAUCUUUAGUUUUUCGUCAAGAAGCACAUGGUCCACUGCAUCGAAAGCCUUGGAAAGAUCUAAUAAAACUACUCCAGUGAAGCCGCCUUUAUGAAGACUCUGUAUACUAAACUUGCUGCAAGUAGACCUGUUGGCGAUCGGAGCUAGCUUUUUUAGGCCGACCGACCGACGAAGUCGCGAGAGGUCGGCCCUUCGGUGCGGGCCAUACUAAAUCCGACUAAGGACUUUUUUGAAAGUCUAGAUUCUGUAGUAUGUUGUCUGUAAAAUGAGCAAGGGCAUUACGGUUGAAAGUUUAGGGCGGAAAUCAAAUUGAUUUGGAGUAAGUAACUUAUUCUCUGAUAAAACCUCGUACAGCUGUUGGUGCACAGCCCCCUCUAGGAUCUUUAUAUGGUUGGCAGUACUGUGAUUGGCCUGUAGUUGUUACAAACGGUACGAUCGCCUGCUUUGCAUAAAGCAGUCACCCUACGACAUUUCCAAAUCGAUGAAAAAGUGACCGGUUAAAAAGUCUGGUCAGCCAAAAAAUAGGUGCCAUGUCUUUGGCUGCGUCCUUCAAUAAUCGUGCAAUAAUACGAUCCAGUCCUAUAGCUUCGUUAGUUCUCAGGGUUUCAAGUGCUUGAGGACAAAGGCUUCUGUGAUACUACAAAAGGAAAAAGAUUUAUUAUUCCCGUUACAUCGCGAAAAGUCAGGUGGGAAAAACUUUGAUUCAAACUAAUUUGUUGUUUUUAACCGAACCAUUUUAACCCGCUUGUAAAGCUGAGUAUCAAUAACACAUUCAUGGUUGUUAUUAACAAAAAUUUUGAGAAAGGUACUGUAUUUGCUUCGAACUAUAAGCCCAUACCUUGUUAAAAAAUAAGACUUCCAAACUUUGCCUCAACGACCACAAACCUUUGGAUUUUUUUUUUGACAGAUAUAAGACCACUUGUCACUAUGGGAAAAGGAAUAACCAUAGAGCUAGGAUGGCUUUUCGUCAUGAUAAUUGCUGCAACAAAAGGUAACUCUUGGGUCUAAUACAUGAAUAAAAAAAUUUUGGCUGUUUUGCAUGAAAGUCAUCGGACCAGAAAGAAGUGUUCAGUACUGCAAAUGAUCCCCAGACUGCAUGCAAAAGAUCCCCAAAAGAUCGCAAAUAGUCCUCGACCUUAAAUGAUCCCCAAUAUGUUCCGCAUAUGGCAAAUGAUCCCGUGAAAUACUGAGGAAUGGAAUAGAUCUUAGCUGGAUAUAUAUUAUUAGGUGAAGAAUGGGGUUGUUUACAACGUAACUUGCGAGGGGAAAAGGCACCUUUUUUUCUCGCCUUCUAAAGAAAAAGGAAGGGAGGACGCCAGAUCACAGAUUAAUGUAUAAAACGCGUAAAAAUGGAAAAUGGAAUACAUCUGAAAAGGAUAUGGUAUAAAGUGUACUUCUUCCUUUGGCAAUUGCUUCAAAUUUCGUUUCGUCGCAGUAAAAAUUUACGCCAGGAAGGACGUUACGCACAAGUAACUGUUAUUUUAACGGCUAGAAGCCCAACUUGUCUUCUGAGGAAUAGAAACCCGCCGGGCAAGAGCUUCGAAGCAUGAGACCUGGACCAAGCACAAACUUCUGCGUUGAACAGUCAGAUUUGUUUGUUUUGAUGAAUGAAAAUUAAUGCACCGAAACGGUAAUUUACUGCCACUUUCCUGCAACUAGGUGCAAAGUAUUCAUAUUACUAAAUCCGGCAAUUUCUGUACUUUUAAAUUUUCUAAUGUGUCUUUCUGCUUUAAGAUAAUUGGCUAUGAAGCAUAAAAUUUCUAAGGUGUUGACAGUGACGUGUGUGGACGUGCUUGUACAGAUCGAACAGUCAAUAAAAAAGUUGUACAAUUUAGCAUAAAAACGGUCCAUACGUUUUACACGUCCUUGCACCUCGGUACAAGCUUACUCGCCAAAACAAAGCCCAAUAGUGUUUCUUCAGCUGCUAGAUAAAUUCUAGUGACUUGCACUAAACAUAAAAAGUAAAAAUUACCCACCAUUUUAACAUGUCUUCUUCUCGCAACCAGGGAUCGCAACGACCAUGUCGAUUAAUUAAACGGAUCGAGCCGCUGUGUUUGUCUUACAGUACCGGGAUGCAUUAUCCUCCAGACACGACAUAUCACUAAACAUUUUGACCAACAUAAUUGUCGAGCCCUCACAGGGGCCACAAAACCACAACAAUAACGCUACCGACUGACAAAAACCUGCCUGUUGUUCUCGACAACAUGUCAAAGAGAUUUUGCCUCUAAGCCAAUGAAAUUGACGGAAAUCGAUCACGUAAUAUUCCGCCAUUACAGGCAUGCGCUUUAAAGUGCAGAGGGCGAUUCGACGACGAGGGAAAAACCAAGGCCAGAACUAUACCCGUCUCUUCCUGAAAGGAAAGUAGACUGAAACGAGAAUUAAAUAAAGUGUGAAAAUAUCUACCUUUCCUUUAAAUGGGAGAAUCCACCUUAAAAAUCGCCAAACUGUGAGGAUGUUUGGAAAAUCCUUUUGUAAACGAUACUAGUUUAGUUCCCAGGCCUCUCCCGUCUCUGCACAUGCGCCGACAUUAUUCAGCUCUGUCGGUAGUGAGAAAAAAAUGGCGGAACAGUCGGCGGAACAUUUUACUCGUUUCACGGCGAGCUAUUGUCUAAAAUUAUGGCAAGAAUAGGAAGAAGACAACUCGACAGUCGACAUCUGCUAUCCCUUUCCAUGAGACUCCGCGUACGCCUCUCACCCCCAAAACACAUAAAUUGCGACUGGGUACGGGUCUGAUUUGGAGUAUGUUUGCAGACCUGAACGACCCUUUAUCUUCUAAACUUUCCGAUAAACAUGCACUAACGAGGUGAACGUAAUAUCGACGCUGGUAAGCAUGUUUUAGCUUGCUUUUAACUUGGAAUUAUGUUGAAUGCAUAAUUAAUAAAUUAUUGAAUUUGGCUUUCGCAGGAUAUGAAGAAUCUGCAGAUUUCGGCCCUCGGUGGAUAACGCCCUCCUCAAUCUGCAGACUUCUUCAUAGCGGGGAUCCCGCGCGCGCGAAGUGCGCGUGGGACAGAGCCCCAUACUCAUGGAAUAUGGUCAACCUCUUUUCGUUUGGUUGUCACAUGAUUGACCGAGCGUACGUACGUACGUGCGCGUCUACAGAUUGUACGGGUGGGGUAGGGGAGACUAUCAAAAGGAAGGGAGGGGUGUCUCAGGCAUGUCUUGGCAAGUCCACGUCUUUAAUAUAGGACAUUAACAUUAUGGUCAAUUGACAGCUGUCAAAACAGGAUAGCCACUGAGCAGUAUCCCAUGACCAUAUCGCAGGCUCGUGUGUCAACUCAUCGAGGUGACGUGAUUUAUUUGGAAGCUGUCCGCUGACCAGUCAAUUGUUUUACUAGACCGCGAACAACGUUCAAUCUCAUACUUUUAUUAGUUUGGGAGCACAGGAAAACUGAUAAUGCACACAUAUUGGACAUCAAUGUUUUGAUCAAUUGACAGCUGUCAAAACAGGGUACCCGCUGACCAGUAUCACUUGACCGUAUCGCGAGCUCAGGUGUCGACCCAUCGAGGUCAAGUAUUUUUUUGAAGUUAUCCGCUGACAAGUAAACUAGUUUGCAAGUGAUCGCAGGUUCAAGUUCAAUUUUUUUCGAAAUUCAUAUGAAAUAUGUUGUGUUUAUGUGCUGCACAAUAAAAAUUUUGAUUGCAUACUGACCUCGGACGCGAAAAUUCAGCCAGCUGUUACAGGCAGACAGUUGCUUUUGAUUUUUCUCACCAUGGUCACGCGUUGGUCACGCUCUACGUCCAAUUUUUAUGCUCUGAUUGGUCAAAAUUUGACAGGUGAGUUCAUGCGCAAAAUUAAUGCAGCAUCUUGAAUCUUGCUUACAUUGACAGCUGAAGCUGACAGAGUUUUGUGUCAACUUGUGAUGUUUUUAACUGUCUUUUUCCACUGGAUGUACAAAAUGAAAUUCAGCUGCUAUCAGGAGUCUUCUGUUAUUCAUGGCUAGUUUGUUUAUUGGGUUUUUGGUUGAGAAAUACGUCGCUUGUCAAAGUCGGAAAUCCGAUUUCGGAUGGCGUCGUUUUCGUUUUCACCUUGCUUGAUGCGUAAGAGGAUUGCAAAGUCUGAAGCGAUAUUGGCUUUACUUGAUACCUAUCAGGAGCUGCAUCUCGAAUGGUAAGACAGAGAAAUUAUUGUAUUUGAUGUUUGUUUUUUGUAUCUAAUUUAAUGAAGUCGAGCGUAGUUUAUGCGGGUAUUUAGUUUAUGCACGUUUGUAAGAUUUGAGACAACGAUCUCACCGAGUAUCAGGUUUGAUAUAAUCUUACAGAACUUUAAAAAGCCUUUAGACAGUUUCUCACCGCAAAUAGAAAGAAAACGUUCCAAAGAAUAUUUAGUUAUAAUUCUGGCCGGAAAGGAAGGCUUUGAGCGAUUUUCUUGCCUCGAGUUCGUCUUUGAAAAAAGCAAACACCGGGAAGCCGGUUUAAAACAUAAACUUAAGCUUGAAGCUUGAAGACUCAGGAUCUUUAGGGACACUUUAAUACUUGUCUUCCUGAAUGAAAAUUGUUGUCUCUGUAUAUGUUUCACCGAAUUAUAUUUCUUUUAUUGAUUGUUAGUAGUCUCUCUUGUAAUUUUAAUCGCUUGUCAUCGUUCAUGAACAUCGCUUGCAGGAGUACUCAAAAUGCCGCGCGUUAAACCAUUAAAUAAAAAAAUAAACAUAAUAAAUUCUUUAUUAUCUUGGAGCGUAACUCUGUUAAUGUUCAUUCAAACACUCGCCACAGCUCGCACUACAAAAGUGAGAACCGGAUGGCCGUAUAGGUGAAUUUGGAAAUUUUUUUAACAGUUUAUGAAUAUUGAAUGAGUGCAAUUUGUAUUGUGAAAUACUGCUUUCUGUCCAUGGUAUAACAGGUUGGUUUACACGCACCCAGAUUUGUUGGCAGGAUUUUGCAAAGUAAACUUGUCGAACGCAAAAAAGUUGGCCUGAUUUUUUUUCCAGGCCUAAUUAAUCUACGGUGAUCAAUAGCCAUUACGGCUCUUAAAUUUGAUCGAAGACGAUUACCAGUUUUUGGGUGUACAUAUGAGGCUAUCGACUCGAUGUAAGAUUUGGUUCACUCUUGGGCUGUUUGCAAAUUAUUUUUCUCUAAAAUCAGGUAGCCUUUCCUUCAAAAGUCACAUAAAUGUGCUCUAAAGUUCAACUGAAUUGUGGAAUUCGAAUACAAGUUUAUUGUUUAAUUUAACUUAUAAAUUUACUAAUGGGAGCCUCGCUUUUAGCCCUGGCUAAAUCUACAUAUUAUCAACUUGAGAAAAUAAUAAUUUUUAUUAAAAUCAAUGUAGCACUAUUAGUUCCAGUUAAAUUAACACCAUUCAGUUUUUUUGUAAUACUAUGGUCCCGUUGUGCAUUUCCGUUAACACGUCAAGUUCGCCGGUCAAAUAGAAAUUAUUGAAUGAGGCUGAGUAGGAUAAUAUAUAGAUUUAGCCAGGGCUAAAAGCGAGGCUCCCAUUAGUAAAUGACUUUUGAGGGAAAGGCUACUCCAACUGUCUUCCCUGCCUGUAACAGCUGGCUGCAUUUUCGCGUCCGAGGUCAGUAUGCAAUCAAAAUUUUAAUUGUGCAGCACAUAAACUCAACAUGUUUCAUAUGAGUUUCGAAAAAAAAAUUGAACUUGAGCCUGCGAUCACUUAAGAACUAGUUUACUUGUCAGCGGAUAACUUCAAAAAAUACUUGACCUCGAUGGGUCGACACCUGAGCCCGCGAUACGGUCAAGUGAUACUGGUCAGCUGGUACCCUGUUUUGACAGCUGUCAAUUGAUCAAAACAUUGAUGUCCAAUAUCUGUACAUUAUCAGUUUUCCUGUGCUCCCAAACUAAUAAAAGUAUGAGAUUGAACGUUGUUCGCGAUCUAGUAAAACAAUUAACUGGUCAGCGGACAGCUUCCAAAUAAAUCACGUCACCUCGAUGAGUUGAUACAUGAGCCCGCGAUAUGGUCAUGGGAUACUGGUCAGUGGCUAUCCUGUUUUGACAGCUGUCAAUUGACCAUAUUGUUAAUGUCCUAUAUUAAAGACGUGGACUUGCUAAGACAUGCCUUAGACACCCCUCCCUUCCUUUUGAUAGUCUCCCCUACCCCACCCGUACAAUCUGUAGACGCGUACGUACGUACAACCAAACGAAAAGAGGUUGACCAUAUUCCAUGAGUAUGGGGCUCUGUCCCACGCGCGCUUCGCGCGCGCGAGAGCCCCGCUAUUAAGGGUGUGUUCCUUUCGGUGAAUCCAAAAACGGAUUUUAGAUCUAAGAACGGAUUUCGCGUUCCUUUCGGCAAAUCCAAAUCCGGAUUUUUGAUCUGGUGAAUCCUUUUUGAAAAAGGAUUCACUGGAUUUGAAAUCCGAAGAAUCCAAAUCCAGAUUAACAGAUUAGUGGUUUACGCUGUUCCAUUCACAGUAGAUCCGAAAUUAGUCAGAUGAUCCAGCGGUAUUUCCAGUUGAAGUAUUCCCAUAGAGGCCGUAGAGUUUCCUCGUUGCUUCCAUUUGCCGCAAAACAUCUGAAAACACUAGAAGAUUGUUCGUGGUACAUUAAAAUAUCCAUAUACUAACCAUUGGCCUAGAUUGAUUUUGAUUGGCCUAGAGACCUCAGACCUCGGCCUUGAUGAAUUGACCUCUCGUUAUCGCUCGGUCAAUACAUGGACGCCUCUGUCUGAGAUUUCCUUUUAAUGACCUCAAUCUCGGUUGAUAAGUGGUACGUUAUUAAUGAUAACACUGAGAACAAUUUUUGUUUCAUAUUUUGCUUCUCUCCUUUUGUAGGAUUAUCCGGGAACUUCACUUCUUCGUCUCUACCUAGGCCUCCUGGUAAUGAUUAGUUUUUUUCUGAGUUUAUUCAAUUAAUUUCUUAUUGACUGAUUAUAUAUAUCUGUGUCCUUUCAACAAUGCAUUUUAUCUCCUACUCAUGUUACAUAGCCAUCUUUUAUCGUUAGAAUGGCGUCGAACAGCAGUGCGGAACAAUAGCGAAAGUACAACGACGGCAACGUCAGGGAGAAAGGCAAAAAAGCAAUAGGUGUAUGUUUAAGGUUUUAACUUGCAACGCGCACUUUUGUGAAAAUUUCUUUGCCGCCUACCGCACAACAACGACGUGAAAAUGCCUAUUUUCAAGUUUUAUGGAGGAUAACUUUCUUUUUCUUUUCCUGAACUAGACAAAAGUCUUUCAGUGUUCGCCCCUGAAACAAAUGCCAGCAUUUGACGAAUUGAGCAAGUAAAACCCGAUAGUUUUUAAAAUCAGCGCAAAUUCACUUCAUAAGUGACGUUUUUGUAGCCGUAGUCGCCGUUGUUGCUGAUCUUGACGUUCCUUAUAAUGCUACCAUAGACGAGUCAUUUUAUAAGAAGGUCAGUGAAUAAGACGUUCAGUGAGUGCAAUACCGAAUAUGACUGUUUUUGACAGAGACUGAUCUUUGUCACUUCUGCCUAUUGAGUUUAAUGUAAUACCCGGCUUUGUCAAUGCAGUUACAUUGUCCAGACAUUGUCAAGGAUUUGAUGGUAAAUCUUACAACCUUGGCGAUGUUUGGAAACCCACACCUAACAGCCAGUGUUCGUGCACUGCAGAAUUACUAAUCCAAUGUUCCAUAUUGCCGCCUUUAGAACCAACCACCGUAUUCAGAGUCUGUCAAGACAACGAGCAGCGUAUUCGUAAUCCUGGAGAUGAAUGGUUAAUCGAUCCAACGACAAAGUGCACCUGUUCUAGGGAUAAAUUCGUCCUUUGUGCCGUGCUAAAGGAGCCAGUUUGUAUGGAUAGAAGUGGUAAAAUAAAAAAACACCAAGAGACGUGGUUUAAGAACGAUUGCAUCAAGUGCGCGUGUGUAAAUGGCGGUGUUAACUGUACCAGAUAUGAAGUCAAUGUCACUUAUGGUUUGUUUGAAGUGAAGACGUAUCCAAUAUGCGAGCGCUGUUGGCAUACCUUUGAAAAUGAUUCAUUUGAAGAUUGUAAAGGUAAAGAAAGUAACGAUCAUGCGAAAGCGAUUAGAUAAGCAAUUAAAAGGAAAUCCCUAAUGACGUGGAGGACGUGCCGAUCACUUUUAAUAGUUAAUGAGCAUUUUUAUUAAAUUUUAUAUCCUGUUCAUACUAUUUUUUCUUUACAUUUUUCAUCCCACUAGGGAUGUCAUAUAAUUAACUGAAUGACGAGUACUACUGACGCCUUUAAAAUCAUUAUACUGUCUUUUGACUACAUAUGUUAAAAAAAUGAAGCUGGACUCCUUUCCUCGGUAUAACUUUUAAGUUUUUCUCGACGUCUAGCUGAAACAAAGAAAUUUUGAAAAUAGAUUAUAAUUUUGCAAAUAAUUCACACAGAAUACCUACCUUGCUUCAGUAAUUUGAAAUGAUAUAAUUUGGGAUCCUUUCAGUCCGUUAACAGAAUGUUUUUUCGUUUUAAUUUUUCUUAUUAUGUUUUAAGCGUUAAUAUUUAACAAUUAUUGUAUGAGGCUGAGUAGGAUAUGAAGAAUUCUGUAGAUCGAGGUAGAUAACACCAUCCGAGAUCUGUAUAAUCCUCAAUAUCCUACGAAUGCCGAACUUAAUGAUUGCUUUAUUAUUCAUUCAAAACAAUUCCAUGUUUAAAUACAAGCUAAAACGGGGGCACCCAACAACUGUUUCUAUAAAAUAUCUGUCCAGAAAAGGGAAUAUUGCCUUGAAUUUUCUAUUUCUUGAGCUCGGCUAAAAAUUUCUAGAUAACCGUUCCAUUCACGCACUAUUUUCAAACCUUAUCUAAUAAAUUCCCUACGAUUUUCUUAGGUUUAAUUUUCGCAUUUCACUCUCCAGGUUAACCUAUUUUUCGUAGAAAAAGAAAACCUAAAAUUUUCGGAUUUGAAAAUGCGACGGAGUGAGGAAUCAGAAAAAUUCUGAGUUUCAUAUAUCUGUAAAUUGCACCUAACCUUCUCGGAAGAAUAAUACUGAAGCCCUUGUAAUUUCGAAAAGACUCAAGUUGCCCUAGGAUGACCGAACAGAUACAAAUUUUAUAGCACCGCUUGGAAUGCAUAUCUAGAGAUCUAAAAGAACUCUGGAUGACCUUAAAUGUUUUUAAUGUAUUUAGAAGGAAGCUGUCGUUGGGUGCCCCUACUAAAACAUGCUUACCUCCGUCGAUGUUUAUAGUGCAUGUUUAUCGGGAAAUUUAGGAGAUAAAAGGGCUGUUUAGGUCUUCAAAUAUACUCCAAUUAACAGAUGUAGUCCGUCGAGAUGUCUUUUUGCUGUUCAUGUUAUGUUUUUUGACAACAGUUCGCCGUGAAAAGAGUUAGAUUUUCCACCAUUACUCACUUCGAAAUCAACUCAAACUCGUCCCCAGGUCUUCUACGUUAACGGUUCAAUAGUCUGCAACUUUGUUGCACUUUUGACGUCAUCGGUUCAAUAUGGCAACGCUAGCUGGUUAUGAUGUGAUUUUAGUCAAUGAGAAACGGAGACAUAUUUUGAAUGAAUAAUAAUGUCUCUAUGUUUGGUCAACUGGCUCAACUCCCCUCCUUUAACAAGGGCUUCUUCCCUUUUUUUUCUAAAGCUUUUUUGGGGACUGCCAGUCAACAAAGACCAGCGAUGUUUAAAUGCUUCACUGGAGAUCAUUUUAUCUGGGACAGUCAUAGGUGCAACGGAAUCUUUGAAUGUCCAGACGGAUCUGACGAAACAGGCUGCGCAGAUAGUAAGAGAUUCUCAACCUUUUUAAAGAGAUAGUAGUGUUAUUGGACAUACCUUUACCACCCUCAGAACUAGUUUUGCAAGUGAUCAACUAAAACAAAAAUAAAUUGCCGCAUUUAAAUGUCAUUUCAAAAUUUGUCAAUUGAUUGUUCAAUGUUUAAAUAGAGGGGCCAGGAAAAGAUGAAUUCGGUUAGGAAGACGGUUGAACACAUACACUAUCCCCUCGAGAUGUCUUUUUCCCCAAGGUUCUUCAUUCUUGACUAAUAAGCUUAGCCAUUCAGUAUAAAUAAUAAUACUUGUUGGUCCGAAUUCCUUUGUAAUAAAUAGCGUUCUUUUGCCAUCCUUUGUCUCAGAAGUGUGUAAAGAUGAAGAAGGGGGAACAUAUCUUAUCAAAAACAGCAGAUUUGGCUGGGUUGUCUCUCCCUGCUUACGUUGUCACUGUUCAAGAGGCUUGCUGAACUGCAAGAAAACUUUGACAGUGUACUUUCCAGGAUACUACUACUACGGCAUUUAUAUGAUCCAGCAAGAUUGCACACAACCUUCGUGCAAAGUUUCUCAGUUUCUACGAAACAAAAAGGACGAAUGUAACGGUAUUUUUAAUUUAAUUUAAAGCAUUGAAAGAAAUCCCUGUUGCAAGGUCAUCUGCGCUUGCCUAAGAUUUUGCACUAAUUUCUUGAUGCCAGUAAUAUGGGGGGCAUUACAGAAGAAUAAAAAACUUUCAGCAACGGCUUCCCCUCUCCUCAAGGACCAACAUUUCCAACUUUUAAGACGAGGAACCAAGAACAACAAAGUGGAUGUGGCUGUACUACCUCCAAAUCAUAGGGGUCAUCCACUAGAUUAGCCUUUUCUAUUUGGAUGAUCCCAACUCGCUCUCUAUUUUGUUGUUACAUUUUUCUUUUAUUCCUUAGUUAUCAAGUCAAGUCAAUUUUUAUUUAAACUCACACAGAAUAAUAAUUAAUACAAAUUAGUGCUUUAAAAUAUAAAAUCGAGAGAUUGUGAAGGAAAAGAAAUUUUCAAUUGUCGGUUCAUUGUGCAGAGUUUGGGAUACCUAAACAGUUCGUGGAACUAACCGAGUAGGUGACCCAAACAAGAAUAUGAGUAGAAGGAAUAUAGAUACAAAAUAGUUGUUUUGGGAUCAUCUAAAUGGAAAAGGCUAAUCUAGUUGUGUUUAGUUGCCUAUGUAAAUUUAACCUUUAUGUCAUGUAAAACUGAGCUGAGUUUAAUAAAUCAUCAUCUCACUAUUAAAUCGCUAUUUAUUUAUUUAUUUAUUUAUUUAUUAGUUUUCUUUGUUCUUAAGUUUGUAUCAUUUAAGUACAUGCCAAAGUAACAUUAAGGCAUUUUAUGCUGUUUCAUCUAUUUAGCUUUUGACUGGGUCGUCGAUGUCCUUUCUUACUAUGGCUAAUUACGCUACGAUUAUGUACGUGCCCUUUUAAAAAGUGCGUGGCUAGCUUUGGCCAUACUUUGGCUCAUCGAACGAAGUCAGUUUGGUUAAGAUGUUCUUAACAAAUUCUAUGUUGAAGCAGGACUAAACAAUAUUGAUGACUUCUGGUUUUCAGCUGUGGAAAUUUUGCAAAACAACGGACUACUAUUUGCGGGACAAACGUGGAACUUCAGCGGCUGCACCUUCUAUUUUCCUGGACCCAACUAUGGAAGGAUCUGCCCGCCAAUGGCCAGACCAGUAUGUUAUGUAUACAAAGGAGCAGUUUGCUGUGCGUCAUAUUGUCCAGGUAGAUAUGUAAAACUGUUUGAAAAAACGUUGUCGCUUGAAAAGUAUAUAAACCACGAACGAUGGGACAUAUGGAUUUAUGGGUAGAACUUUAUUAGCAUUGCAAAUUUAAAGUUAUUUCCAGAAAAAUUUACAUUAUCGAAGCUUUUCACGAUUUGAUGCAUCUCAAAAAAGGUCAAACGGUUUCCAUUUUUAUUGCCGAUAAGCUCACAACUUCACCUAUGCAGGGCACAUCUGGGACCGGAUCUCUCGGUACAGUUAAAAAGCUUAGCUAUAUUACUAACAGUACAGUACAGUACAGUUAAAAUCCUCCAGACGGUAAACCUGUUACCAUAGUGUUGCACUGGCGACUUCUUGUACACGGUCGACCAGUGCAGCAAAACCACUUGAAAAUCUUCAUAUAUGACCUAAAAGCUUUCUUGGAAGACUUAAAAGACAACGGCAUGACAAAGUACUCUAGGGAUUUGCUUCCGUACCAGCAGCUCGUGAUAAUGUUAACUUUUGUUGAAAGAACUUUGAAUUUGUCUUGCUUUUAAAUGAACGUAUACCAAUAAAUCCUUGAAGCCUCAUAGUUCACGGUUUAUUCUUUACAAGUGACAACUUUUUUUCAAUCAGGUAUAAAGGUUUUGCAAUUUUCUCUCGAAAGCCAACAGGACUGGUUUGCAUAAGACAUCUUCAGAUUACAGGAAUGCGUAAGCAUUGUUUUAAAAUAAGCUUUUUUUUUCCAGUACAAUACCUAAGAGUUUUCUUAUCUUGAGAAAGUUUUAUGCAACCGGGCAACGUUAGUUCAGAGAAUGCUGUGAGGUGUUUAUAAUGGUCAUAACAUCGGCACAACGUGUGUUGAGAGAAUGUGGUGAGAUGAAGAUGAGUUAAAAUAUAAAUAUAUGCCAUCCUUUCUAUAUAUGAAUAUGCCCGCUAUUUUUUUCCACGAAUGCAACUCCGAUUGGCUGAGAGGAGCUGGCUAAAUAGCUCCCCUGAGUUCCUCAACUUUGCCUGCAAUAAUUGGGCUCAACUCGCAAUAUUUUCCAGUCUCUGUUUUACUAUAACUUGAAACCCAUGAGCGAUUGGUUCUGGGCCCAGUUGUUCGAAAGAUACACAGCGCUAUCUAUUGGAUAAAUCUCUAUCCAGUGGAAGGCGCAAUUGGUUUUCCUAUACUUAUCCGCUGGAUAGCGAUUUAUCCAGUACAUAGCGUUAUCCAGCGUUUGAACAACCAGGCAUUCAGAACUCUUAUUGAUCUUGUCACGUAUAGUGAGAAAAUUUACUCAAUUGCACACGGAGGGAAUCGAAUUACAAUGUUGGACGUCUGUGCUUAUCGAUUCAACAAGAUACGAGAGUUCUGUUUUAUUAUGUUAGUUUGAUCGAUGGCGCAACACGUAUGUCCCCAUCAACUCUCAGACAAAAUUAAUUAAGUACUGACAAGUCUUUGUUUGUUUAGUAUUGGAGGAAGUUUCAAAGCAAAUGAGGGGACAUCUGUCAUUUUGCCCAAAUAGCCAUCAGCUGGUAUCCUCAGAUAUCGACGACGAAUGUAAACUAACCUAUUGCUUUCGUAAUUAUUCCAUGAUAAGCUGCAAAACAGGUACGAAAUGUAUGUAAAACACAGCGAAAAACUCUAAAAUCGCCUUAAUAUCAGGAUUGCACUUUGCAGGCUGUCAUGAAGCUGGCUUGAAUCUUAAGUCACUAAACACUAAAUAGACAACAGCCUCUUCUACCCAAGGAAACGGAUAGUCGGCAUAGAGACGUGUUUCAAAAUCUCUCAUUCUUUAAUUUAUAAAGACCAAAUAAUAAUAAAGGCAUCAAAAAUGGUGCUUGUAAUCAGACUCUACCAGCCUGCCCGCAACACUUUAGUUGUAAAUAAUGGAAAUAGGACUGAGUGGAGUCUAAUCCCGUCUGUAAUCCGCGAAUAUGAUUACAUAGACCGAGUUGGAAGACACAAAGUUCUGUCACUAAUUCAUCAUAACUAUGACAAAAUCUGUGACAUUUUAAGCCAUAAAAAUUAAAGCCCAAAAAAUUGGAGAGUUUUUGCAAGCAGUGAAAAAAAUCAUUCAAGUGCGCAUGCGAUGGCGCGUACUGUCCAAUUGCUUAGGCAUGACGCGUACUGUUUUUUUACACUGUCCCAUCAGUGCUGACAGGGACAGCUGGCAGCUAAUAAGAUUUCAGAAUUUAAUACUUUAUGCAUGCCUUCUUUGACAGAAUCUUAUGAACAAUGUUAACUAGUUUGUGGUUUUGUGCCUUGCUACUCGCAAGUCCUGGUCUUUCUUGUGACUGAUCACAAAACAAUGAACAUUCGUUAAUUAGAGCGGUUUUCACUUGACUGUCGUAAAACCAAAACCAAAGUAAAUACACUAGCCAACCAAAGGGCGUAGUAAAACCAAAACCAAAACCAAAACCAAUCCCUUUCGACAGUCAAGUGAAAACCGCUCUAUUUCAUGUGAUCAUAGUUUUCUCAGUUUGCAAGCGUAAAAAUAAUUCAGAAUUCGUUCGUUCACUUGUUUAAUUUACGGGUCCUCUUUAAGCCAUAACAUGUCAAGAUGAAGAGUUGAACAAGUAUUUUGAAGGAGCCACUUGGUCUGUUGGUACCUGUAUUCAGUGUUCCUGUCAAAGUGGCCUUAUCAAAUGCACGAGAACAAUAUCAGUAUUAUCGUCAAAGAAUUCUGAAGGAAGGAUAACCGAGCACUGUAACCAGACAGAGUGUAAUGUGGCGCUUUAUGUGCAAGAAAACAAAGCCAAAUGCAGAGGUAUAGCUACCCUCUAAAAAUCUAAUAAUAAUGAAAAUGAGUAUUGAGGCCGAUUUCGAUGUUGUUGCUGCUGAUGAUGAUGAUAACAAUAAAAAUGAAAAUAAUAAUGAUAAUGAUAACAGAGAUGAUUAUGAUAAUAAUAAUAAUAAUGAUGAUCAUGAUUAUGAUGGUGAUGGUGAUGGAGAUGAUGAUGAUGAUGAUGAUGAUUGUGAUGACGAUGACCACGAUGAUGAUAAUAAUAACAAUAUUAAAUAAAUAAACAAAUAUUUCAAGCGUGACUCUAAAAUGGCGGGCUCCUAGGCAAUACAAGACCAUGUAAGUUGCAUUUUACAUCUUUUUAAGAAUAGGAACCAAAAAUCCCUACCAGACUAACCAUGAACCAGAAACGUAAAUUAUUACCACAAACAACGCCUGCACUAAUCAACUGUCAUAAAGGAUGCUCUUUUCUAGGUCCACUGAGUCUCAUACCCUAUCCUAAACUGCCGAAGUGCUUGAAAAUUCAGGCCCCCUCUCGCCGAAGGGAGUACUGAAAUGAGUUGCCCCAUUUUUUGGGUACUCAUAUCAAAAUUUGUUGUUUAAGUUCAUCUUUCAUUUUCUUUUCGCAGUUAUAGUGAAGGUUGAUGGGAGAAAGCCGAGUGAUAAUUUAACUUUUCAUGCCAAGAUCACGGAACAGUUUCUCACGAGUUAGUUAAGCAGUGAUGGAUUAGCGGUGGCUGGAAUAAUUGUUUAUAAAUAAACACAUCUUUUUAUAGCUUGUAGAUGGAAUGGUAAAGUCUUUGAUGGUGACGAUCACUGGAAAGAUGACGGUGUAGACUUUUAUUGUCUUCAAAACCCCUGGCUUCAAAUGACUAGGCCUGGCUGCUAUUUAGGGAAAAGAACGGUUUGCACAGGAGCUGUAAGAGGUUAGGAAAAAGCCCCAGCGUAAGGUAUUUCAUUUACCCAUGUGUGAAAAUUAUUACAUUUACGCUGUGCUGUCCGAAGCUGACUAAGAAAAAAAGGCAAGUCAUCGAGGUUCAAGGAAGCCACGAGAGUUAUAUUAUCCAGCAACUGGCUUAAUUAUGUUGCAAACAUUACAUGGAGCGACAAAGGCGAGACAGCUAAUAAUAUAUAGAUUUAGCCGGGUCUAAAAGCGACGCCCCCGUUAAUAAAUUCAUAAUUUAAAUCAAACAAUAAACUUGUAAUCCACAGAUCAGGGCACAUUUAUUUGACUUUUGAGGCAAAGGCCAAGUGAUUUUAGAGAAAAAUAAUUUGACAGUCCAAGAGUGAAACAAAUUUUACAUCGAGUUAUUGAAUAGUCUUAUUUGAACACCCAAAAAUAGCGAUCGUGUUCGAUCACAGUAGAUUAGGCCUGGAAAACAAAUAGACCUAUUCGUGUAUUGUAUUUGCAUUAGCUGUUGCAUCAUAAUGUGGCAUUCACCAGUCUCUCCUACAUUGCUGCGUUAGAGAGACUAUGGAUAAUUGGAUAAGUUCGACAAGUUUAGUUUAGUAGUAAAUCCAGCCUUUUAAACAUACUUUUUUCUCAUCACGUCUCAGGUAAACAGUACUCUGAGGCUCUUUUUUCAUCAUACAGUCCUCGCACAGAAUUUGUUCUUUUUUGCCCUAUUUAAACCUAUAAUUCUGCAGUUUUUCACAAUUUUGCAAGAGAAUUUGCAAUCAUUCAAUAUCCACGACGAUCAAGGCACGCGCUUCCUUUGCACAACAAAUUAUAGCAUUGAAUUAUAAAACGUUUUCAUGAAGAUAAUUUUCAGAUAAUGCCGGGACUUUUCAGUUAGAAAAAUCUGGUCCUAUGUGAUAUGCAGGGUAAUAAUUACGGGCUUUAAAUGAAAACGAUAAAAAAAAUUCCCCAAAUCACUUUUCGGCCGGCCGGACGGGUUCUCUAACCUGAGCCCACGUUAUUAGUUUUCUGAUAGUGGUCUGCAAAUGUCCCAUUUUGACAGCUGUCAAUUGACCUUAAUUUGGCUUCCCAAUAUAACUUUAAACGACUGUCAGCCAACUGACAGCCCUGCUCGGCGUAGUUUCGUUUUUAUGUUGAAUUGGUAAAUGUGACAUCUUCUAUCAGCUUACAUGUAGGGGCAAAACGACUGGUCUUUCAUCUGAGCCCUCGAGAUGGUCAUGUGAUAAUUGUCAGCGGAUGUCUGAUUUUGACAGCUGUCAAUCUAAACGUACUCAUACGGAUGGCUUACAUAACUAAGAGGCUAGUCAAGUUGUGCAAGAUCUAUUGUGACAUUUGACAUCGGCUUACAUAAAGUGUGUGUACGGGUGGGAGGGCGGGCGUACGCUACGUCAUAACCAAAUUUUCUCGGUUGGAUAGUUUACCAAAUUUUCGUACCCACGGUGCUCCGCUGCCCGCGCGCUUUGCGCGCGCGAGAGCUCCGCUAUAACCUUCAGUGACGUUAAAUCUUUCAAGUCCGUUUUGAUGAUGUUUCAUAUCGUUGAUUUUUCAGGUUUAAAUAAACUCCAUUCAAUAACCAAAGGCGAGUUAUUCCUGUGUGAUAGCGGUGACGAGAUAUUAUGGGGCGAAGAACGAUGUGAUCUAAGGAACGACUGCUAUGAUUUCUCUGAUGAGAAGAACUGUUCUAACUGUAAGUUACGACUGUAAAAUCCAUUAAAGCAAGAACUUGAUAACACUGCAUGGUCAGCAAAAGUGGUUCGCUUAAACAAAAAAAUCUGUUACAACAAAAAUUAUCCUUCUGGAUCUAAGGGAAUUACCACCGGGGUAAUUUUAAUCCUUUAAUUUUAAUCCUUGGGACCCUAUCUUCUCUCUUCAACAACUUGGAAAUGACAAUUUAUGGUUAUACAAAGCAAAAAAGGCGCCAGAUGCUCAGACGUGACUAUUCCGAAAGACGGCCAUCUUGGAUUUUGGUGAAAAAUAUCAUACACUGUAGGUUCAUCAAUAUAUGGAAGCAGGUCCGCUUUUUUCUUAUUUUGCAAGUUGAUAAACCUUUUUUCCGCAGUUUAAAUAUGUGAAAUUUCAUUUCUGCCGUAGUUAAGGUGUUUGCCCUCUUAUAGAAUGCUAUUAAUUCCAUCAGACAGGGUCGACCAGGGGUGAGGUAGUUGAAUACAAAAAUACCCGAAAUAAACCUUCCAAUAAACCAAAACAUAAGCUAAAACUCGAGUAAAAUACCAAAAUUAAGAAAACCACAGUAUACUUUAUACCCAAAAUUUGUCGUGAGCGAAGUAAGGAGUACGAGACCUAGCCUUUAGCACUCCAACACCUGUGGUGCAAAGAGCCAUGCCUUGGUGUUCGAUACAAUCAAUAGGACUCAUCAGUCACUCAGUGAUAAUUUAAUUUAGGGACUGUGUAAUAAGUACCAGGAGGGGAGGGGGGCUGGGAAAUGGGUGAAAUAUGCCCCAAAACUAAGUCAUACCCCCCUCUCAUUGAGCAAAAAUUAAUUUUAACCUUCUCUCACAUAAUGAUGAUAUUAAGGUCAACCCCCCCCCCCUCCCCCUGAAAAAAGUCUCCUCCCAUUGAUGCCCUCUUUCUUAGUUUACUUGUUGUUGGAUUUCUUCCUCCGAUACAAAUAUCACUUCAAAUGACUCUUCGACGUAUGUCGAAGAGUCCUUUGAAGAGUCAUCAGAAUCACUGGACUCUGAGCUUGUGUUGUCUUUGCAUGAAUUGGGAGAUUUCUCAUCUUCUACAGCAUCUCUGGCAAAAAGGUUCCCGCGUGCGUGGGUGAGAACUCGAUCAAUCAACUCAGCUUUGCUUCCAAUUAUCUUAAGACCUUUUUGCUUUAGCAACAUUUUCAGCAGCUUGUUGGUAGGCGCUUUUACAUCUUUUUCAAUUGUCCAAGAAAUAAACAGAAGAGUGUUUUGAAGCUCAAUUUAAUCAUACUGUUUUUAUUUACCACUCUUUAAAAUGAGAUCUUUUGAAUUUCAGAAGUUUUGUUGGAGAAGCUGAAAAUAUCAUUAAGGACUUCCUGUCUGAUUGAGCUUACUCUGGACUGUUUCAGUGAAGCUCAAUUUAAUCAUACUGUUUGUAUUUAUCAUACUUUAAUAUGAGAUCUUUUGAAUUCCACAAGCUCUGUUGGAGAAACUGAAAAUAUUAUUUAGGAAUUCCUGUCUGAUUGAAGCUCAAUUUAAUCAUACUGUGGUUUAUUUACCAUACUUUAAAUUUGUAUUGCUAUCAAAAUUGCAACAAGUGGGUUUUUCAUUCUGCUAAAUUAUGAUGCCAUUUGUACUAAUAUUGGCAUCUUUCUUUUUCAUUGAAUAACAUCAUAGUGCUACUUUUGCAACUUUUAAUUAAAGUUUCCUGUGUUUUAUUAAAUCCUAAUGCAAAUAAAGUAGCACUGUUUUAACAUAUAUAACAGAGGCAUUCCUUUCCCACUGCAUAACAGAUAGGAAAACAACAGUUCAUAGAUCAGAACACCUUCGAGUUGAUAAAUUUGCCAGUUUUAUUCCAAUGUUAGUAUUUAUAUUUGAACUCCCCCCUCCCUGUGUGUAUUAAAUUUUACAUCCAUCCCCCUCUCUCUUGUUGUCAUUUUCUCCUAUGCCCCCCUCUAAUUUUCCAACCCCCCUCCCCCCCCCCUACUCCAGGUAAUUAUUGCACAGUCCCUUAUGCAACUUUCAUUUACAUAGACAUUUUUUUUACUUUCCUAUCAAUAAGAUAAUUACUGCUGGUUUCAGCUGAUAAUGGCUGUUAUGAGAGAAAUGACAGUCAGUUGAUGCAGCCACGCAGCCACCCUUCUUCUUCUUUUUUGGGCCUACUAGCCUGUGUACAAACGCUCCCUCUCCUAGGGGGUAGAAAGAUCCUUUGUUUUUGAAUGAAGGGGACGGUUGUGCACUGGCUAGGUCCUACCGGACAUGGCUUCUCGCUGCUCAGUGUAAGGGAGAACGAUGUCCUUUGACGAAUGCAAGCUGAUGGAUUAAAAAUUUAUGCUUGUAAUUGUAGCAGUCACCCCAUCAAUCUUUGGAGACCAGUAAGUUCAGUUGUGACAGAAAAAAAAAAGGAUCACAGGGUCCUGACUGAGCCAUUUAGUUAUAACAGUGGCAACAUGGUCAUCAUCUUCCACCAGUUUGACUAGAUAGAAUGUACUUGCUCGUACAUCUGUGGGUCUACGUCUUUGAGGAAAUGUCCCUCAUGUUCCUUUCGGAUAAAUGCUACUUUCUAUGCUAGAACUUUCACUUUCCUUGUGAUGGGCAUCACCCAUAAUGAGCCAGUGGUGGCCCAGGGGGUCCUCGUCUUAGAAGAGGUCCUACAAAUCUACAUUUUUGAGAAUUCAUUUUGUGUAUUUUAUAAUAUUAGUCCAUCAGCUAGGGGGGUCGUAUGGCUCACUUAAGGGGGACAAACAAAACUUGUAUAAUCUUAAUCUUUGACUAAAGAGAAUCACAAAAAUGCAUGAUAGCAAACUUUGCUGCAUGAUAGCAAGGCGGCAGCUUUCACUUCGUAAAUCGAAUUUUAAAUUUGCCCCCAUAUCCUUCUUUUGGCCGCCAUCUUGGAUUCAUAAACAAACCUUCGAUUUCCUCUUAAAAACACACUAUUUUCGUCAUGACGUUUAUUUCAAAAAAUAGGUGCCAGAGAUAUUAUGUUAGGAUUGUUACAGUUAGUCAAGAUAAGAUGACGGCACAUAUGACGUCACAGUCACCGCCAUUUUUCUUUUAGCAUUAGUGUAUUCAACUGCUAUCUCAGUCAUCUGAAUAAUAAAAUUACUAUUCAGGCCCUCUACAUCACCAUGCUAGAUGAACGUGCUUAGGACUAUCGUAACGUCAUUUUCCACGUUAUUUAAAACAUAUUUCUAUCAAGAAGCUAUAUAAACCACAAAUCGGACUAGAUAACUUGCUCUUUUCUUCAGUCUAGAGGUUGUUUGAGAACACGGAAAAGCGUCAUGAUCGGGUUGAUCGCAUAACAUAAUUUGCAGAACAUCAUCCUUUUGGAAAAUAUAACAUAAAAGUAUAUUUACAUCCACCGCAUUUGCGUCUUAACAUCAUAAGGUAAAAAAAGGGGGGGUUUAAGAAGGAGUUUCAGAAAGCGUUUUACAAUGUAAAAAACAUGUAUUGUCAAGAAGGAUAUAAAUACUAAAUAUCGAACCUGAAAAAAGAGACAAUAAAAAAGAUGACGAGGGUAGCAACCAGCCUUCUGUUCUACAUAUUAAGUAUUCAACACCAGCAGAAGUACUUACCUGUAUCAAUAUUUUACAUUCUUAGAGUAGAAGACAAUUAUAAUUUAUGCUUUCUUGCACUCACAGGGGAGUACUUUUCUUCAGGAGCCGGCUUAGGUACAAGCUGCAAAAACGGCGCGACGUCAGAGCUAUAUGCAUACUUCUCAACGUGCCAAUGAGGGGAGCAUACUGCGGCUUGAUUAUUACUUUUGCAAUCUCGUAAAGAUGACUCGCAUGGGGGAAGAUUCUCUAGCUUGACUUUCCUACCAGUCUACCGUGGUGGAUCUCAUAUUCAGCACAUCCACACUAUGAUACUUCUAUCAGUAUUGUUGCCACACUGCACGAGUGCUUCCGUAUCUUUAGUUUAAAGGUCUCGGAUACUCAUCAUAGCUCGGACGUACCCUUCAUUGUGUUAGUAGUAGUGCUUUCCACUUCCCAUUGCCAAAGAAGGCAGAGAUGUCAUCACAGCCUGUGAUUGACGAGAGUUUACACUGAUAAGGGCCCUUAUGAUGCAAGGGAUGAAAAUGCCUGGGCCGAGUUGCAUAGACAUUUUCUUAAUAUUCCGGUUUUCAUGCCUCUUCCCUUUUUCACGUAGCACUUUUCAAAGUCAAGGUUUAGCUAUGAGCAACCAGUAGGACAAAGAUAUCAGUGUCAUCAGGAUGCAUCAAGCACGUGAUUCCCGGGCGCGUGCCAAGCCAGUGAAGAACCAUAAGCGUAUCAGCCUCUCCGUGACUGAACUAUACCUUUGGAACAGGAUCUCGCUGUGUGGCUGCAUCUAGUCGCCAGAGCUGGUUGUCACACGUACAUGAUCCGGUUGACGAGUCUGCUUCUAAAGAUGCUUUUGUCUUGCACUGCAACAAGAGGAAUGUGACGAUUUCAGCCGGUUAUUUUUGAUGAUACUGAGCAUACAGCUUGUUCCGCCAUGACUUCACCGUACAGACAAGGUGUUAAUUCUUACAUUGUACACUUUCAUAGCCUGUUCCAGGCGUUUAGAACACUAAGAGAGUUAGACAUUACGUACGGUCUUUUGAAACUUUUUAUCAACACAUCGCGAUACACGGCGAACAAUACCUACGCACCCUCUGCUGGUGCUCCUGACUAUCUCAAACUCUCAUCUUAAACGUCUGGAAGACCGGUGCCAUCUCUUUGAUUGGAAUUGCUGGUUACGUUCUCUGGGUACUUCGAGGUGGUCGUGAUGCGUCGCUCACGCUGUUGGGAGAGUCUGGCUUUGUUUGUCUUUCGCGUGAGUCCCUUAAGAUCGUAAAAGACCAAGGAAGAGCUCGAGGACCUUUAAAGUUGUUUUCAAUGUGAAAGCAACUUUAAUGUCAAUAUGAUAAAACUGUCCGAGAAGUGCAGUGCCAUCCGAGCUACAAAAUCGUGAUCCACACGAAAAGGAGGCCGGGACUAGAUCCUUGUUGCUAACCUAACGCAGAGCCUUCAGCGUAGCUUUCUUCACUGGGUAAAAGUAAUCUUGAGUGCGAUUGGAUGAGCAGUGCCCCGUUACAAAGUCAAUCGAUGGCUUCCGUUUCACUUGCUCGUGGCCUCAAUCAGUGAUCAUUUACUUCUGUGUAGGUAAGUUAAGCGACUCCGGAGUUGCAAAUCUCAGUCUCUUCCAGUUUUCCAUGCAGUGGUGAACUCGGUCCGGCAGUUUCAUCGAUUUUUGAUGGGAUGUGUGGGGAAUUCACAUUUACCUGAAACUGAUUCUGGGUCACGAAAGCACGACAUGAGGUUGUCCAGCAAGAAAUACUUCUGCAUUAGGGUAGCGUUGAAUUGGAACAACCACAUAAAAUGCAUUCCUCCGCCAUUAUGGUGCAGAGAGAGACUUUCGCACCCGGAGCGAAAACUCUGACUAUGGCCUUGAGACCAUGUGUUUUGUUAUUUUCGAGGGGACUCUAUUCAACACACUAGCAAUAUAUACAUUAAUUGUCUACUUACUCUCUUUUCUGAAACAAUUAUGUAAACCUCCCAUUUUUUUCCAGUGAUAAUGUUAAGUGCAAAUUGCCGGUAUUAUUGUGACUCAUUGACAGGCGAUGUGUAUCCACACGUGAAGUCAGGUAGAUAUAAUUUAAGCACUAGAAUAAACGAAAGUCAUGUUUUUAGUUCCAAUAUGUUUUAUAUGUAAGUUUAAAACACGAUUUGUUAACGUUAAAAGAAUAUAAGCACCUUUUCUAGCCUUCCCCGAAAUCCAAGAUGGCGGCCAAAAGGAGACUAUAAGGGGCAAAUUUAAAUUUCGAUUUUCAAAGUGAAAGUUACCGUUUUAUACUUGCUAUCAUUUAUUUUUGUGCAGCUCAAUGGUCAGCUGUUCCCCUCGAGUGGGCGAUAAACCCAAAUUCUCCUCAGCUGAUGGGCUAUAUAAGAUAUGGGCAGUUUCAUCUUUCACGAAAAGUUCUCACACUCUGAGUAGUGUAGUACAUAAAGAUCAAACUAAAUUCUAAAACCGUCAUCCAUAAAGGUGAUUAUAGUCGAUUGCAAGAGGUGGUCAUUUACGAAAAGUUCUAAGUGUAUUACUUUUAGGAAUCGCGCUUAUCUGAGGUGGUCACUGACGUUGAAGGUGGUCGCACAUGGAGGUUCGACUUUACUUUUAUCUUUUACGGAAAAUUCUGAGUUGUUUUCUGUAGUGCGCUCCUGCCAAUGAUUGACGCUUACUGUCAAAGAGGGGCCUGUUCUAGUGCUAUGGUGCUAAGCAACCCGUACGAGGAGUUUGGAAGUAUUGCCAAUUUAGGAAACUUGAUGGUAACGCCUUUUAAGUUUAGAUGAUUGCAGUUAGUAGCUGGCUUUAGGGUUCGUAAAACAGUUGAAACAUCUAUAAUCUUCUAAGUUCCCUUUUACACACUACAAAACCCAACCUGAAAUCCAGCAUAGUUGGCGUUGCUGUAUUCCCUGCUCGAGAGUCAGGGGCUGCAAACGUUAAGGUGGCUUAUGUAUUCCGGGUAGGCCAUGUGGAAGAGAGAGUUCCUGAUUUUAGGUUUGAGGAGUGGAUCCCUUCACCUGAUGAACACCACUGCUUGCUCAUGAAGAAGCUCCGGUGUAAAUACGCUUGAGUCAGGGCUAGUGUCAUCAAGACCACUAGCAUCAUCUGUUGUCCAUUGAAUGCACUUAACAGCUUCCGCAGACUCUCCAGGAACGUCUUGAGUAUAAGGCAAGCGUAUGUUGUUAUCAUCUUCAAUCUACCAUUAUUGGUAUCUGUCAUAAUAAGUGUGUUGGUCGAACCCUCUUCACAGCAAACUACAGAUGGUUUCCGGAAACUAGAACUUGAUUUACUUAGGGCAUGGCACACAAAGGCAGUCAAGGGAAAGUCUGGAAAGCUCCCCCAGAUUUUAACCGAGACUUAAUUUCCUAUUGGACGAUUUUGAUCUUUUAUAGCUAAUAUACUCUUUACCAGAAUUCCAAACAGCGGAAUACUUUAUACCGAAUUUUAAGCAUAAAACUACUGUAUACCUGAAAUUGAAUACCCCAAAAUACUGUAUACCCAAAACCCUAGCCGACCCUGAUCAGAUUCGGCCUUAUCGUUCUAGAUGAACGGUCUUGAAAGACCUGCGUGUAGGGAAAAUCUUGCGACUAAAACUCGCUCUUUUACAGAUGCGUAUAUUUUACCCGUUUCAGAUUUCUGUCAGUCCGAGAUAAAGUUUGGCGUGCAUUGGCCUCGAACAAAGACCGGCGAGGAAGUGACAGUAGAAUGCUCAUUAGUUGAUUCAAAUUUAACAGGUAUAAUAGCUACAUGUAUUAAUAGACCUUUGUCACUUUACCGUUGGCGCUAUACUUGGUUUUUUACUUCUUGCAUUGUCACCACCCAUUUCGUAGGAUUUAUUCAAAGCCAUAUUACUUCUUUACACCGUACCAUUCUAUAAAUUUUAAUGUAGUUAUUCAUAUAAUCAUUGUCUGAUCUAUCUUUUGUCCAACACGGCUGACAGUCAAGCUUAAUGUCUAUUAUUUUUUCGGUUAUUAUAUAGAGCAAAGAGAUCAAAUUUAGCCGUGUGGUUAGAACAAAUAAGUGGGUAUCGAGCGAGCGAGGUGGUCCUCUUCACUGAUCCGUAACUGAACAGAAAAAAAUAGAAUGACAUAAAAUAGGAUAUACUUGUUGCAUGUAUGUACUAAAAACAUAAACACACACAGGACAUACGGAGUAUCCACAUUACAACUUGGUGACCGUAACGAUACAGUCGCUAAUCAAUUAGCACUCAAACGUCCUUAAUUUAUAGGCACAUUUAGUAGUAAGUGCGGAACUAAUAGGACACGUGGGACAACUUGGUUUCACAAGAUCACGUGUGGUUGUGAACGAAAAGCCUUGGUGGAUUAUUUUAGACAAAAGGUAGGACAUUACUACAGUUGUUUUAGAUAAGAGAAUGGGUGUGUUCAAUUACAUUUAUAAGGACUGAGAAAUACCAGCUCCUCACAAAUCAAAAACACCUGACGUUAAUUUAUUACACCAUCCUGCUAAUACACUGUACAAAACUCUUCAAUGCAGGCGUCUGGUUCUUACCUUUCUCGAAUUUGUAACAGAGGGCAUUAAAGGCUUGGUUUGUGAUUUUUGGCAUACUUGAUGACCGGGUUCUCCAUCAAUCGUAUAGAGCCUUUUUGGGAAAUAAAGGACAAUUGGUUUGUGAUUUCCGGUGUACUUUAUGAUCAGGUUCUCUACCAGUCGUAUAAGGUCCAUUUUGGGAGAGUUGAAAAUAAUGGACAAUUAUCAGGCUAAUUUUAGGUGUUAUAAAGCUAGAGCUGUCAUCAGUAAUGUUUCGGCAACUCAGUAUCUUGACAAAGCCAGGCAACCAGAUAACAUUCUAGGGAUAUUUUCUUGCUUCCCAUAUUCGUACCUUAAAGGCAUUUUAAAGAAUCAUCGUUUUUUUAGGUAUUAUUUUUGCAUUCAGGAAUGUUUUUUGAAUUUUGCCUCUUGCUGGCUGUGGUAUUUCAGUGCAUCGCUGUGCGAUACACGACCGUAGCUUUACGUUAACAGAACAGUAUUCUUAUUCAAAACUAACAUGAAAUCUACUUACUGAAAACUGAUUUCCGCUAUAUAAUUCUUUGCUCAAUACCUGUCAAUUAUAGAACUGUAUGCGCUUAUUGCAAACAAAAUAAUUGCCCACGCAGGGAUUUCGCCCAGAAGGCGAAAUCCCGAGGAGGCACUCUAGUAACUCGCGCGUAUAUUAAGGGAAAUACUUACAGCUGAAAUAUACAGUCAUACAGUCAAUAUAGAAAAAAUCUCGAUUUGCUUGAACAGGGGCCGCGAGGAAUCGGUAGGUAAUGUGACGUUUCUAUUGUUUGCGCCCACAAGUACGAAAUGGUUAGGAUGACGUAAAACCCAAAAAGCUUACAAUAGGUAGAUUUGUGACAUUAAUUGUGCAGUCAUACUUCGAUACUCUUUUGCCAUCAAAUUCUGUGCUGACUUAUUCCCUGCUCACAGAUGUCCUUCCGCUAUAAAGUUUGAAAUAAGACUAGAAUGCGCGAGCGUAAAUUGAUCAAACGUAUUUUUGAUUUCUAAGGCUUACUUUCCGGUAAAUGAAAUGAACUAAAUGUAAAACGUGAAAUAGAAACAGCGAAAAAUUAAUGUCCUAAUUAAAUCUUUUCUUAUGGUUUAGCAUAAACUAUUCUCGAAACUGAGAAUGUUUUGAUCAAAGCUGUGUAAAUCGAACCCAAUCUGUGCAUGGAACCAUGCGUCUAUUUCCUGUAUUUAUCUCACCUAUUGUAUGGAAUAUGUGUGAACAUCUUCAUUAUGAAUCGGUAUAUUUCAAAGAGCUACUCAAGGAGCAAGAAUACUAUACACAGGGCGGGGGCAGCUGUAGUGUCAGCUAUUAGUAGUAGUAGUGGAAUUCUUUAAGUUUUGCAAUUAUUCCACAUAAACAAGAAAAAACUUUCUCUUUAUUCGACUUCCAAGCUCACAAGACAGCGUUGACUAAUCGUCACAGGAGUACUGAGCAAUGUGGGGUGACCUCUAAACAACCUGUCAUUUUAUUUCUUGCACUUUAAGAUUUUAACUUUUUGCUUAACAGCCGUUUAUUUCAGUAUGGCUAGUUGAUUGGCUGAGUCAUUUUAGAGAACGGGGACGUUUACUAUGGGCGCGUUUAAUUCACCGUGUCCCAAAAUAAGAGUAACGGUCAAUAAAAUCAUUUGGUUAGAAAUCUCGUUCAACAUGUUAUAAUUAACCUUAACCAAUGGGAUGUUGAAUUCACCUUAACACUGUAAUUCCGCCAGAUUUGGAGAUGCAGCGAUACAAUGAAAGCCUGAAUAAGGGAUUUCUAGGACUUAUUCCAUUUAUUUUUUGGGGGAAAUACUGUUAAACAAACACGCCCGGCAUUGGCUUUGUUUCAAAAGUUAUUAAUAAUUGUCUUCUUUUGGUGCAAUCUUUUUUUUUGUCACAGAUUCAGAGAAUUAAUACCACAAAUAUAUUGAAUAUAUCCACGGAAUUUGUGAAUUCAUAUGACAGAUUCAAGAACAAAGACGUUUUACUUGAGAUGAUAAAUGAUCUCUUUUCUUCUGUAAGACGAGUCAUUUCUCCAAUUACGGAACGUAGAGAAAGAGAAAGAUAA